AUGCCUAACUGGGGAGGUGGAAAGUCGUGUCCAGUUUGCCAAAAAUCUGUUUACUUUGCAGAGGAGGUUCAAUGUGAGGGUAACAGCUAUCACAAAUCUUGCUUCUUAUGCAGUAAGUACUGCCAUUUCCAUUACUAUAGUAAAAUCCUCCAUUUUCUGCACUAGUGUUCUUACGGUUCUUCAUUCUGUAGUAGAUGUGAUAGUUCAUUUUUACGCUAACAAACACGUUAAUGAAGUCUCUUCCAGUUAUAAAUUAUCUCUAGGUGUUUUUAAUGUUGAAAACACCAUAACCACUACAACUUGCAAUAUUGUUUAUGAUGCCAAGAGCAUCCUGGUGCUCCUCCUGAUUGUAAGUAGUCAGACAAAUUGCUAAUGGAUCAACUUCUCCUCUGGGGUCUGCCACGCGGUCAUUUCCUGCACUGAUAGCCGGAAGUAUCUCCAUGGAUGUUCUCCAGAGCUAAAUCCUGCAAUGCACAGCCAUCUGGCCGAGGGUGUCAGCUGAUUGCUCUCAGCCAAUGAGCUAAGCCCUACACUGGUAUCCUACCAGUUACCAGCAUGAAUUUAGCAUAUCUAAUUGUAUUUAUGGUGCUUAUUUUUGGACAGUGUUUUAUUAUUCUGCUCGUGUGGCAGUUUAUACUUUUAAUUUUAAUACUUUCUGGUUCCAUAAUUCGCAUUUUGACAACAUAUUUUUAGCAAAUACAAAUUUGUUCCACUGCAAGCACUUUAAAAUAUCAAUUAAGACUCGAUAGUUCAAGCUCAGUGAAGAUCUGUCCCUCCAAAUGCAAAUUUAGUCAAACAAGUACACAUUUGAGCUGUAGUAAUGACAAUGCAAAAUAUUGUUUUAAAUCCCUUCUUUUAUCAAUGAGUAGGCUUGUUUAAAAGCUUCAUAGUAGCUCUUGCUUGCAACAAUUGUAUCCAUAAAAUUGACAAAUAGAAAAUCUUGUUGCCCAGAUGAAGGGAGCUGCCUAAGUGAGUGUGUGUGCUGAACAGAGACAGAGAGGUUUCGGGGAAAGCUACAAAAAACAUUUCAGUUGCAUUUGUGUCCCAAAAGUACAGUGGCCUCUAUAAUUCUUAAAUGGAAGAAGUUUGGAGCAGCAAAGACUCUUCCUAAAACUGGCUGUCUGGCCACACUGAGCAACUGGAGAAGAAGGGCCUUGGUAAGAGACAGGACCAAGAACCCAACGGUCACUCUGGUUGAUCAAAUGUGGAGAUGGGAGGAACUUCUGGAAGGACAACAAGCACUGCAAAACUUCUCUGAUCUGCCUUUAUGUCUGGCAAGACAGAUACAUCUCCUCACUGUAAGACACAUGAAAGCUUGCUUGGAAUUUUUAAAAAAAACACCUAAACACCUAUUGAUCUGAGGAAAUGCAGAUUGAUUUGUCUGGCCUUAAUAAAAAGCAUCAUGUCUAUAGGAAACCAAGCACCGCUUAUCACCUGCCUUGUACUAUCCCAAUGGUGACGGAUGAUAGUGGUAGCAUCAUGCUUUUGGGGGUGUUUUUCAGAGUCCGGUACUGGAUGAUUGUAUCGGAGCUCCCUUUACCCCCGGUUGGGUACCUCCGCCAAAGGACCGUAUAACAGAACUAAGCACCGCACCGGACACCACAACCACUGCAGACUCCACAACUUCCGUAGCUUAACUGGAGUCUCGCCGUCUUCUGUCCACCCUGGAUCAGCUUCUGUCCUCCAGGACCGUGUGGGGAAGACCUCUCCUCCAGGAGAGCGUACCAGGAACAAGAUCUUAAAAGAGCUAAGUGAUUAAAGCUCAGGGGAGGAUGCAGAGCAUAGCAAUCCCCAGUGUGAGUAUAGCUGUCCCCUCCAAUCACGAGACAAGACUUCAUGUUGAGGGUCAAGAAGAACUGUUUUAAUUAGCACCAAAGGGUCUUUUUUUAUGCAGGAUUUCUCUACAUAGGACCACCCACAGGGUUUUUCAGAACAACCAAUAAAAACAUUAAAACACAUACAAUAAAGUAAACCACCCCCAUUCAUGCCAGCAGAAAUCCUUCCCUCUGCCUGUGAUACAAUUAUCUCAACACAAAAGACUAACUUAAUUAUCACAGGCAGAAAAUAUACAAUUUUUACACAUACACUGUAACUUCAAAACCACACAUCCAAUCUUCAUAAAAUCCACAUAUUAUUAACCAGCAUCCUUUAAAUAUAAACAUACUCAAAAAUCAUAAAAAUCCUUCCAAUAGAUAAAAAGUUAGACGGAAGUCCAUUGUGACCGACAGUUCCAUGGAUUUGGGCUCUGCGGUUGGUCUAUUUUACACUGAAAAAACAAGCGUUCGACUCUUCGAAUGGGACUUAGUUUCCAGCCGCAGUGUCGAAGUGGAGAAAAAGGUACGGGUUAGCGGUGUUCAUCUAAAUGUGUAGACGAUUUCAGUUCCAUGGAUUUGGCUACACAUACCGCUGACCUCGUUCGAAUGAACAAAUAUGGCCACCGCCACGUGUUCGUUUGCACAAACUGCGGCCACCCAGCGGUCUGCAAUUUACCUACAGCAGGCUCCCAGCCUGGGAGGUAAAUUGCCUGCACACUUCCACUUCUGGGUGGUCCGCCUGUGUGGUACUUGGUUCAGUAAGCCCCAUUUACUGAACCAAGUGUAAAGAAGCCAUGAAUAAAGUACUUUAACCAAGUCUGGAGACACUGGGUACACAGGCUUAAAGGGGCAGUGUCCCAAACAAGUCUGGGUACACCGUCUUAAAUGGGGCAUUGUCCCAAUUUCCCCCAUGUCCCAAAAAAUUUUCUUAAAAGGCCAGCACCAGUCCAAUGAAAGUCCAUAAGCCCCAAUAAUGUUCUUAAAGAGCCAUACACCCCAGGGCCAUAGUCGCAGGGCAGGAGGCUGGCAAGCAAGCCUCUCCAGGACCAAGUGGCAAAGGGCACUUCGUCACAGACCACUUCCUACCUGGAACAAGGGACAAACUGCAGCACUUCUGCCCACAGUCGCCGGGGCUGGACUUGGGGCCCUGGAACCGCUCCGUCCUGGAGCCAAAUGGGGAAUUAGCUCUAGUCCUUACAAGGACUUUCCUGGUUGAAUCUCCUGCAAGCUGGAACAGCAGACACAGGAGCAAGCUUUCUUCCUGCAAGCUGGAACAGCAGACACAGGAGCAAAUCUUUUUUCCCUCCAAUAACAGGAAGACACACCAUUUUGGAGUGUAAGCAGGAACAGACUGAGCUGGGGCUUUGUUUCUUUUAUACACACUUCUCCACAAGGUUACCACCCAUGUGGACCUUGUGAAAUACAGGACACAAAGUUGCAACAGCCAAUCAACAACGUACAGUCAGACACUCCCAGCUUAUGCACACAAACCCUCCCCACUGCCUGUGAUAGAAUUACUUCAACACAAUGGACAAAUGUAAUUACCACAGGCAGAAAAAUAUACUUUUUACACAUUUUCCAUAACUUUAAAACCAUACAUCACAUUCGCAUAGAACCUGCAUAAUUAUGGGAACAACAUAUCCAAAAUUAAUUCGAAUCCGUUCAGCCAUUCAGGAGUUAGCUGGAAGUCCUUUUUGACCGACUGCAUGCACAAUUUCAUGCCCAAAACAGUUCCACAGAUUUGGGCUGUGCGACCGGUCUAUUCAUUCCAGUUCAAAUAUCAUUCGAAUGCAUGAACGGGUGCCGUUGGUGCAAAUAGCAAUGUUAAUGUGGCGUUCGAAUUAUCGAACUCCAUUCAACUCCAUUCGAAGUAUACGAGUUCCAAAAGAAGGUAAAACUUCAGGGGUGUUCGUAUCCAAUUUUAGUUCCAUGAACGCGAUGGCAUGAACACCGCUGAAGUUUUACCUUCUUUUGGAACUCGUAUACUUCGAAUGGAGUUGAACUGCGUUCGACAAUUCAAACGCCAAAUUAACAUUGCUAUUUGCACCAACGGCACCCGUUCAUGCAUUCGAAUGAUAUUUGAACUGGAAUGAAUAGACCGGUCGCACAGCCCAAAUCUGUGGAACUGUUUUGGGUAUGAAAGUGUGCGUGCAGUCGGUCAAAAAGGACCUCCAGCUAACUCCUGAACGGCUUAACGGAUUCGAAUGAAUUUUGGAUAUGUUGUUCCCAUAAUUAUGCAGGUUCUAUAAAUGUACGUUUUAUGCGAAUGUGAUGUAUAGUUUUAAAGUUAUGAAAAAUUUGUAAAAAGUAUAUUUUUCUGCCUGUGGUAAUUACGUUUGUGCACAGCUGGCCGCGUUCUGCUGAAUUAAAAUGGCCGCCGCCACGUGUUCGUUUGUCAAAUGGCAGCUACUUCGGCUGCAUCCGAAGUGCAAAUCCUUUCCCCAGAAUAUUUAAAGGGGCAGAACGAGGGUAUAAAAAUCCCAUAAGCCCAAAUUGGGUUUUUAAACGGCAAUGCUCCCAGGGGCCAUAGUCACAUGGCAAACAGGCCCCUGCAAAAACUGUGGCGAGGUCACUUUCGCCACAAUGACUGUCCAGAGCUGAGGGAAAGAUAAGUGCAGCAUAAUAUAGAAUAUCCUUAAUAAAAACUUGAUCUAGAGCAUUCAGGACUUCACACUGAAGUGUCAAAUUACACCAGGACAAUUGUUGUUGUUAUUAUUAUUAUUAUUAUGAUGAUAUUUAUAGAGUGCCGUCAAAUUCCGCAGCGCUUUACAAUGGGUGGACGAACAGACAUGUAGUUGUAACCAGACAAUGACCCUACUAAGCACACAGCCAAGACCACAAAAGAGUGGUUUGGGGACUGAACCUUGGUUAGCCCAAUCAGAGCCUGGAUCUCAAGAAACGACCCAAAUUCAAAUGUUGUUUGCAUCGUGCUCAGAAAGGCAUGCGAUUGUAAUAGCUGUAAAAGCUGCUUCAACUAAGUACCAAGUUGUGUUUCAAUUCUUAAUAUCAUUGAGACAUUUCAGAUUUUUUUUUUUUGUCACUGUGGGGUAUUGAGUGUAGAUUGGUGAAAACAAAAAUAAAACAAUUGUAGCUGCAACAUAUAUUAUUAACCCCUUCAGGGCAGAGUCAAUUGUACACGUUCUGAUCAAAACAAAAUGUAAACAAAAACUUGAAUUUGCGCUAAAUGUCUGUUAAACCAUAAUUCACCUCUUUCAUAUUGCACCUACACUUAUUAUAUAUAACUUUGUUCAGGAGAAACAGGGCUUUGAUAUAUCAUGAACUAUUCAUAUAUGAAAUACAAUUUAUUAUGAAUAAAAUAAUAAAAGUUAGAAAUUAAGAUUUUUUUUUUUUUAUUGUAGUUUCUGUCUAACAUUUUAGCUAUAGUCAAAUAUAGCACAUUCCAUUUUUUUCACAUACAAAUUUGCCAGACUAGUAAUGUUACCUUUGAGACCGUGUGGUAGCCCAGGAAUGAGAAUUACCCCCAUGAUGGCAUACCAGGAUGGCAUACCAUUUGCAAAAGUACACAAUCCAAGGUAUUGCAAGUGGGCUAUGUCCAGUCUUUUUUAGUAGCCACUUAGUCACAAACACUGGCCAAAGUUAGCGUUCAUUUUUGUUUUUGUGUGAAAAAAAGCAAAAAACUAAUAUUUGGCCAGUGUUUGUGACUAAGUGGCUACUAAGAAAGACUGGACAUACCCCAUUUGCAAUACCUUGGAUUGUCUACUUUUGCAAAUGGUAUGCCAUCAUAGGGGUAAUUCUCAUUCCUGGGCUACCGUAUGGUUUCAAAGGCAACAUUACCAAACUGGCAAAUUUCAGUGUGGAAAAAAAUGAAAUGCAAGCAUUAUAUUUGACUCUCUAACUUUCCAAAACACCAUAAAACCUGUACAUGGGGGGUACUGUUAUACUUAGGAGACUUCACUGAACACAAACAUAAAUGUUUCAAAACAGUAAAACAUAUUACAACAAGAAUAUAGUCAGUAAAAGUGCCGUUCAUGUGUGAAAAAUGCAAAACAACUUCACUUUUACUGAAAAUAUAAUCGUUGUUAUACAAUUUAUCAUUUUGAAACACUAAUAUUUGUGUUUAGCGAAGGCUCCCGAGUAAAACAGUACCCCCCAUGUACAGGUUUUAUGGUGUCUUGGAAAGUUAAAGGGUUAAAUAUAGUGCUUGCGAAUUAAAUUCUCUGCACUUUCUGCCUGGGUUGUCAGGCACGUCAAUCAAAUUUUAAUUAAUUAAAUCACAUAAUUAUGUUAAAAGAUUACUUAAAUAUACAUGUAGAAUUUAAUAUAUAUAUAUAUAUAUAUAUAUAUAUAUAUAUAUAUAUAUAUAUAUAUGUGUAUUUAAUUUUCACGUGUAUACUUAUGUAAGCAUUUAUGUAAUUUUAUAUAUAUAUAUAUAUGUGUGUGUGUGUGUGUGUGUGUAUAUAUAUAUAUAUAUAUAUAUAUAUUUUGUAAUUUAAAAGAAAUAAAAUAUUUUUUUAUCUUUUAUUUUUUUUCUCUCACCAUAAACUGAAAUAUAGUAAUAUGAGUGGAAUAAUAGAAGGUGGUUCGGAUCCAAUGUACAGAUGUUAUUCAUGUCCUAGAAGAAAAAAAGGAGAAAGCGUGGAAGCUCAGAGAACACUCAAAAAUGGGGUUAACCCACAAUAAACUACCAAGGUAGUGAACAGAAAAAGAAAAGAGACUUAGAGUGCUCUAAAUGAAAUAAAUUUAAAAAUUAGCUUUUAUUCGUAUAAAUGUAAAAAGAAGGAGAAAGGGGAGAGAAAACAAGGUACUAAAUAUGCUGGUGUAUAUCUGAUAUCCAAGAGUCCUGAAUAUAUACACCAAUAUAUAUUACUGAAUGGUUAAAGGACAAAAGAGCUGAUUGGGUACGCGGUACAGCAACUAAACCGCUACAAAUCACAAUAAAAUUGAAAUUCAAUAAUGCACAUAAUGUAUAGGCAACUCUAAUGUGUCAAAUGUGAAAAUGAACAGCAUAUAUUACUGAAGCGCUGGUAGAAAUAUGUCAGCUAAAUACAUAGUGCGCCGACGGUAUCAGGGGUAGAUAGAAUACUAAUAUCGAAAUGCUGAUCCCCGUGAGUCUGCGCCAGCCCAAUAUCACAAAAUUGACACACGAGUGGCGUACAUUACAAAAAAAAAAAAAAAAAGGGAAUUGAUAUUGCUACACAGAGGACCUGUUCAAAAGUUUUCAGGUUUCCUCUGAUGUAUGUCCCUUGCAACAAAACAGAGUUGCAAUUGAGACCAAAUCAUAAUAACUAGUAGACACAAUAUGGUAAUUGGAAUAAAUAAUUGUAACUAAUAAUACAAAUAAUUGUAACUAAUAAUAAACAUAAAUAGUGGAGCCUAAAUAAUUAAAAUGACUCACAAAAACUGUUAGAGACAAUGAAAGCAGACUGGAAGGAGGCUAAAAAGUGAUGAUAGAAUGUCAAGUGAGAAUGAGUCAUAGUUAAUGCUCUCCUAAAUUGGUCACAUAAGUCUGCUCCAGUCCUAACAGGAAUAAUACUCGGGAUUCAUGUAGGAUUGUGGUGAUGUCGAUUAAAAGACCACACAGUGAGUUGUUACAAUGAAUCACCGAUGUCCCCUGACGCACGCGUUUCGCCCACAACUCAUCAGAGGGGAGCUGAUGUGUGGUAAGUAUCAGCUAUUUAAAGGUCCUGGAUGAAGCUGAUAGGGGGAAUUUGAAAAAGACCGCUGGUUCAGUUUGACCAAUGAAGAUUGCCGGUAAGUGUGACGAUAGCCAGUGAUGUGUGUAUGAUUGAUUAACCCUGUCAGGUAGGUUGUACCAGGGUACAGGGAAGAUAGUUGAUAAAGGGGAAUGAGUUUAAAGAUAUAAGAUAACCUAGAGAAAUAAAGGAUAGUUCUAACUUUAUGUACAUGCCAAUAAAAAUAUGACCGAUAAUGUGAGAGUAGUUAUUAACACUGUCCGAUAAUUAUGGCAGUAUAUGAGAGCGAACAAUAUUGGUAUUCAGAGGGAAAUGGAAAACCAAUACUGCCCUAGACAAAUUGGACAAACUGGACCAAUAUAGGUGGAAAAAAUAAGAAUAUAAAAGAAAUAUCAAAUAUGGCACCCUAUACAGGUCCGGCUGUAUGUUGGAAUACAAGGAGACUAACUAGAUAGGUUCCCGAAAUGGUUAAUAAGUUUCCAUAGCAAUAUACAGGAGGGAUUUCUAAGAUGUAACACUAGGUCCAAAAUCAGAGUAUACAUAACAAAAAUAGAGGACGAGAAAGCACCUAAAUGGUUAAGAAGAACAGAAAAAAAUAAAUAAAUAAAAAUGGAAUAGAAGUAGAAUAGUGUACAGGAUUACCAGGUAAAAGGAUCAGAAACUUAAAUGACACUUGAGAAGAAAACUAUAAUAGAAUUUACUAUAAAUACUAAUAAACCUCUAGGGUACCUAAAUAGGGUCAUGAAAGAAUAUGCAAAAACAUAUUUUUAAAUUUUUAAGGCAAUGUACAAUGACACGUUAAGAUUCGAUAACCGCAAUUGGGGCGCUCUGUGAAUAUGUGAGCGUCGAUGCGGAUAUCAAAUGAAUGAGUCCGCUAAGGACUAAAUAGGGAGAAUUAACCAUAGGAGUUAAGAGAUGUAAAAUGCUGAGGAAAUACUUAGAUAGAGAGAGCCAAUGAAAAUGGAACCGGGCGAGAGUGGUUAUGAACUCGCUCAAUAAUGUAAGGAGAUUAAAAACUAAUAUUAACAAAAUUAUACUGAAAAAACAAAAUAUAAAUAACUUGAUGAAAGAAGACACCUAUACGAGGGAAACUGAGCCCUAAGAGGAUAAUACAUUGUCCACAAAAGUUGAUAAUAAUCACGGGAUAAGGAAGGUGUGAAGAUACUAUAAGGAUAUUACCAAAUCUGGCCUAGCAGGUGGAAAAGGUCUAAAGAAGUGCCAGAAAUGACCGGUAAUGGUUCUUGAAACGAACGAAAGGCAAGUUUAACCCACCCAUAACAUAAAAGGUAACUGAAAUUCAAGCUAAGUAGUGUGUCUAUAGUCAAAGAUUCUAGAUGGUAUGUGUGCCCCGAGAGAAUGAGUUCAGUUACGCAAACCCUAAUGUGAAUGGAUAAAAGGGGUAUAGUUGAAUUCUUCAUUUAGACCGCCAGGGGCAAGACUUUUAAAUUCGUAGAUCCACCUGGACUCUUUCUGGAGGAGUAUAAGGUUGAAGUUACCUUUUCUAGAGUUCAAAUUAACUCUCUCCAAGGCCUGAAAGGAUAGAUGGUUCGGAUUUCCAUCAUGAAAAUUCCGUAUGUGGUUGGCCACAGGAGUACUAAGAUGUGGAUUUCUUACUGAGUUCACAUGUUGCAGGGUGCAUCUCCUUAGUUCUUGAUAGGUUUUCCCGAUGUAUUGCAUGCCGCAAGAGCAUGUAAUUACAUAUAUGACGCGUGUAGUACUGCAAUUUAUGAACUGGUUAAUUUUGAAUUCUUUUUGGGUGUUAGUACAUUGGAUCAUUUUAGACUGUUUUAUGUAAGGACAUGCCUUACAAUGUCCACAUUUAUGAAUUCCUGCCGGUGCAGUAAGCCAGUUUACAGAGGGUGUUUUUCUCUCAAAGUGACUAUGUACCAAAAAGUCACUGAGGUUUUUGGACCUGCGUGCUGUGAUGUUGGGGUAUGCAAUUGCUUGUGGUUUUAAAUCCGUGUCAUAUUGUAAAAUUGGCCAAUGCUGGGUAAAUAUUUCCUUGAUAGGUUGCCACUGUCUAUCAAAAGUCCCAAUACAUCUAAUCAAUUGAUUAGGUGGGGUAACCUUGCUUGAGUGAAGACUAGAACUUCUGUCUUGGGACAAGGCUCUCUGAAACGCUUUUUUUAGAAUCUUAUUGGGAUACCCUCUAUUUUUGAAGCGUGUCCUUUGCUUGUCCGCUUCGGCUUUAAAGGACAUUUCGUUAGAACAGUUCCUCCUAGCUCGGAGGUACUGUCCAUAAGGGAUUCCCGCUUUAAGACGAUAGGGGUGGAAACUGCGCCAAUCUAGGAGACUGUUUGAUGCAGUGCUUUUCCUAUGCAGUUCGGUAUCUACUGUACCGUCCAUGUUUAGUAAAAUUUUCAGAUCUAAAAAUUCUAAUUGCGUUUCGUGGAUAACAUGUGUCAAUUGUAAUCCAAUCUGGUUGUUAUUGAGAGCCUUUACCAUGUCAGUGAAGUUAGAGCAGGAACCAGUCCAAAAGAUUAAAAUGUCGUCGAUGUAUCUCAACCAUUUAUGUACAUAUUGACGAAACUGGUUAGUUUCUGUGUCUAUAAAAAGGUUUUCUUCCCACCAACCCAAGUACAAAUUUGCGUAGCUAGGGGCACAAGCAGUGCCCAUAGCCGUACCACGAAGUUGUAAAUAAUAUAACCCGUCAAACACAAAAUAGUUGUGUGUUAAAACAAACUCCAGAAGUGUUAGAAUAAGUUCAAUUUGUGCAGGGUUGUACUUGGUGGAUCUCUGUAGAAAAUAGGAGGUGGCCUGUAAGCCCUUAUCAUGGGGGAUGUUGUUGUACAGUGAAACCACAUCCAGACUUGCCAGAAGUGAAUAAGGGGGAACCUCUAGAUUUUCCAAUACCAACAAGGUCUGUUUAGUGUCUUGUACAUAAGAGUUAAGAUUGAUGACAAAUGGAUGAAGAAGUUGUUCUAGAAAUGUGCUGGUUCUUUCAGUCAAAGAGUUGUUACUAGAUACAAUAGGUCUCCCUGGUGGAUUUGUUAGAGAUUUGUGAACUUUAGGAAGACAGUAGAAUGUGGAAAUUGUAGGGUUGUUAGUUGGAAUCAUGAAUUGGUAUUCCUCCUUUUUGAUUAGUUCAUCCCCCAAAGCUUGAGUUAGCAGAGCUUUUAAUUCAGUAAGAAAGGUAGUUGUAGGAUCUUUGGAGAGUAUUCGAUAUUGAGUAGUAUCUUUAAGGUGUUCCAUACACAUAUUAAUGUCAUUCUCCUGGUUCAUAAGUACGAUGUUCCCUCCUUUGUCCGAGCGUUUUAUGACUAUAUCUUUAUUUCUACUGAGAUCUCUAAGUGCUGCACGUUCAGCUUUAGUUAAAUUGUCUGUAUCAUUUGUAGGGGGAGGAAGGGCAUCCAAUGCUUUGGUAGUCAUCUGUACAAAGAGGUCGACACUAGUUACCUCUUUGAAAUUAGGGGUAUACCAAGAGGGAGGUUUACAAGUAGUUAAAGAUGUUUUGUAAUUCUGUUCAUCCAGGAGAGAUACCAUUGUUUGAACAAGUUGGUAGUCCUCCUGGGUGAUACCUAAUUCUCUGGCACGUUUAUUCUCCUGUCUUUGGUGAGUAAUACUUAGGGCGAGUUUACGCCCAAAGAGAUUGGUAUCUUUUGCCCAAUCGAACUUGUUGAUAGUGGGGGAGGGGACAAACGAUAGACCCUUACUCAGGAGAGACUUGUGAUUAUUGGUAAGUUGAAAGGUAGAUAGGUUGAUGAUGAGAUUCUCAUCAUUGCUGUGAUGAUUUAUUGAUUUUUGUACCCUUCCUUGCUGGUCUUGUACCCCCAUCUUUUUCUCUCCCUGAGUCUGCCUCUCUGGGGUAGAGGCCACUCCUGUUCUAAAAAAGAGGAGGAAGAAGAAAAGGUUUCGGGUUGUGAAGAAGUACAUGGAGUUGGAACGUUGGUUUUAAUAUUUGAAGGGGUAUGAUUUCGUGAAUCUGGAAAUGAUACGUUUUUCUCUGCUUGUUUUAAUAUACCUUUUCUUUGUGUGAAAUUUCUAUUUCUGACAGGAUAUCUGUCCUUCUUUUCUGAACUUUGGUCUUUUCUGAACUUUAUUCAUGUCCUAUGAUCGAUUUUUCAGACUUCUCUAUUUUCUUCACCCCUAAAUUGCUUACCAGAUGGGAAGGAGUACUAAUUUUUAUAUGGGGGUUCUGCAAUCCCUCCCUCACUGGGUUCAUUCUGUUCUGCGGUGGCCACAGGUCUAAGCACAGAUCCACUUGAGGUAGAGUCUUUGUGCUUUGGUAGCCAUUUGCAGAUCUUCUACCGAUGAUUCCAAGUAGAGGCAAUGGUGGAAAGGUUAUGUUGAAUGUAUGGAAGUUUGUAUGUAUGAGGAUGGUCCCAAGCAGGGAAUUAUUUAGAUUAUUAUAUAUAACCUGGUUUUCAUGAAUAAAAAACAAACAAGCAAUAUAGGUGCUAAAAUUAUGAAUAUAUAAGUGCAAGUGUUAAAAAUAAAAGUAGAGCAGCACCUAAAAGUGCACAAGCUCAAAAACACCAUACAAAGGAUAUAAAACAAAAAGGUGUGCUGUACCUUUAAAAAUUUAAAGUGCAACAAGUGCAAAAAAAUUCGUGCAAUAAGAAGUGUCUAUUCCAUAAAAUCACACUCAAUAUAACGAAUGUGCAAAAUUGCAAGUGAAUAGUGAUAAACAUACAAAUAGUAACUUACAGCAGGAAAAUAUGUCUAAAUAUAAACUGCAUUUGGUAAUUCCAAAGUAGGAGAUAUGAUACAUAAAAAAGAAAAAAACACAUAGCAUAAUACUGUUUAAAAUUGUAUAAAACAACCAAGAGAAAUUGAAUAAAACUCACAAGGAAAGAGCAGUAAAAGUCUGCUCUAACUUUUCCAGCAUGUAAUCCACAGCAUAGGGCUUUGAUGGUAGUAAAAACAGCAGGACGCCAGCUGAAUAAAACGAUCUUUAUUUCUUCCAAUAAAAAAACUCCCUUUACCACAUAGAAGACCAGUGUCCCAUUCAAUGCUUUGAAGAGAUGAACACGCCAAAAUUUGCGGUCUCUGCAGCUUGCGGCACUAUACAAGUUACUUCCGGGGGUCUCAGAUUCUCCAAACCCCACUUUUUUUUUUUGUUUCCACUCCACCACUCCUCCGGAUAUGUCCACUGGUGCCAGGAUCCAGCAGAUGAAAUAAUGCCAGGAAAGUGGGGAUAUUUUAUAACUUUAAUGACAUAGGAAAUAAAACAGGGAUAUAAAGUGCAUAAGAGUAGAAAACAUCGAUAGCAGCACUGACGCGUUUCGACUAUUGAAGUCUUUUUCAAAGUGCCUUUCCUUGUGAGUUUUAUUCUAUUUCUCUUGGUUGUUUUAUACAAUUUUAAACAGUAUUAUGCUAUGUGUUUUUUUUCUUUUUUAUGUAUCAUAUCUCCUACUUUGGAAUUACCAAAUGCAAUUUAUAUUGAGACAUAUUUUCCUGCUGUAAGUUACUAUUUGUAUUUUUAUCACUAUUCACUUGGUUUUCAUGAAUGUCAGGGGACUGAAUUCUCCUGUAUGGUCUUUUGGAAGAAAAUAAUAUCGGUAGGGGUGUAUCAGCAGGGCCCCAGUCGGGCGCUGUCGCCCCUUAACAUUGCGACCAGGCCCCUUGCUUUUCCGGCAGCUGGCUGGAAGGAAGUGACUUCCUUUUAUAAAGUCACUUCCUUUUAUAAAGAGGAAGGUUGCACGGAAGCUGUCAGGAGUCGCUGUGAGGAAGGGAGGAAGAGGCUGCAGUGAGGAUAGAGGCUCCUCCCUCCCAUCAGCCUCAGUCACCACCACACUUGGACCCCAGGGAAGUCACCCUCCAGCAAAAGGUAGAAAGCUUUAGGGUGGGUUUAAAAAUGUACAUUUUACAUGUGUGUAAGUAUGUCUGUCUGUGCGUGUGUGUGUCUGUCAGUGUAUGUGCCUGUGCGUGUCUGUAUGUCUGUCAGUGUGUGUGUCAGUUUGUGUGUGCCUUUGUUUCUGUAUGUUGUCAGUGUAUGUGCCUGUGUAUCUGCUUGUGUGUCAGUUUGUGUGUGCCUGUGAUUCUCAGCACCAACUUUAAAUACAAAUACACCCCUCCAUUCAAACUUCAACAGUACAUACAAACAUACUCCUGCAUUGAAACUUCAACCUCUGUGUUAAACACCAAAAUUAUAUAUAAACACACCGUUAUAUCAGGGCCGGACUGGCCCACCGGGAUACCGGGAAAUUUCUCAGUCUCAGUAAGCGGCGUGCUGGGGCAGGGGAGCAGAGACAGAACAGCCAGCUCCCCCUGCGGCUGCCAAAAGAGCUCCCUCUGCAGCCGCCAGAAGGGCCAGCUCCCCCAUGUGGCCGCCAUCAGAGCUCCCCAUGUGGCCACCAUCAGAGCUCCCCAUGCGGCCACCAGCACACAGGUAGCAAUUAUGUGUGUCAGUGUGAGUGUUUGUCUGUGUCAUUUGUUUGUGUAUGUCUGUCUGUGUCAUGGUGUGUGUGUGUAUGUCUGUCUGUGUCAUGGUGUGUGUGUAUGUCUGUGCCAUGGUGUGUAUAUGUCUGUCUGUGCCAUGGUGUGUCUGUGUCUGUCUGUGUCAUUGUGUGUGUCUGUGUCUGUCAUGGUGUGUCUCUCUGUGUCGUGUGUGUCUGUGUCAUGCAAUGUGUGUCUGUGUCAUGGUGUGUGUGUCUGUGUCACGGUCUGUCUGUGUCAUGCAAUGUGUGUCUGUCAUGGUAUUUGACUGUGUGUGUGUUUUUACUCACCUUUUUUUUUUUUCAUGUCGUGCUGGUCUCCCCUCGACUGGCCCUGCCUCUAUGGCUGAGAUCAUCAAACUUGAUGAUCUCAGCCAAUUCGCACUGACACAGGAAGCACCUCUAGUGACCAUCUGAGUGUCUGUCACUAGGAAGCAAUGUAAACACUGCCUUUUCUCUAAAAAGUCAGUGUUUACAUUGAAAAGCCUGCAGGGACAGGCUAUAGACACCAGAGCCACUACAUUAAGCUGUGUGUGUGUGCGCGCGCGCCUACUAGUGAGUGGGCUUGCGUGUGUGUGUGCCUGCUACUGAGUGAGCUUGUGUUUUUAUGUCAAUUACCUUAUGUAUAUCAGUGAGAUUGUUUGUCUAUGAGGCUGUGUAUCAAUCAGCUUGUGUCAGUGAGAAUGUCUGUGUCUGCAUGUGAAUAUGCUUACUGUAUAAUUAAAAAUUUUACUCUGAAAGGACCAAUAUUUUAUAUUGGAAAAAGCUCUCUCUCUCUCUCUCUCUCUCUCUCUCUCUCUCUCUCUCUCUCUCUCUCUCUCUCUCUCUCUCUCUCUCUCUCUCUCUCUCUCUCUCUCUCUCUCUCUCUCUCUCUCUCUCUCUCUCUCUCUAUAUAUAUAUAUAUAUAUAUAUAUAUAUAUAUAUAUAUAUAUAUAUAUAUAUAUAUAUAUAUAUAUAUAUUGCUUUUUCCAAUAUAAAAUAUUGGUCCUUUCAGAGUAAAAUUUUUAAUUAUACAGUAAGCAUAUUCACAUGCAGACACAGACAUUCUCACUGACACAAGCUGAUUGAUACACAGCCUCAUAGACAUACACAUAUAUAAUCAUCUAGGGUGGCAAGACAUAGCCUUACAUAUUACAUGCGACAAUAUAUGGCGCAAUGACUUAUGGGGCUGGCAUAGUUUUUUUUUUGUUUUUUUUUUCAGGGCUGCUUUGGAAUCCCCAGUCCUGCCCUGCCUUACAUUCAAAAACAAACAUUACACAUAAAUGCACACUUGCAUUCAAACUCCAAUACCACAUACAAACUCAUUCACACAAACAUUCUCCAUACAAACACAUGCUUACAUUUAAACACACAAACACUGCUCAGUGCUAAAUACAACCCUGCAAACGUGGGAAAUUGGUAGAGCCCCAGCUGUUAAAGCAUUGUUGAAGUUGCAUGACAGAUGGGGCUCUACCUUUAGUUCAACCUUGCAAUUAGGGGUCCCAAUAAAAUUAUUUCUACUUUAGUACUGCCACUGCGUUGGGAUGGAUACUGUGAUUGCAUGCCAGGGAGUGGGGGGAAGUGGGGAGCAGGAUCCAGGGGGCCCAAGGUCCAAUCAUUAUUAAAGACGGCCCUGAUUCUAAAUAUCCCUUUAUUUUUGCUCCAAAUAUGGAAGUUAGUGUCUAUGAUUUUACCAAAGAGAAUUAAAUUUGAGCAAAUAUUUAUAGAAAAAGAUGAUAAAGGUUGAUAUUUAAUCUUAAUAGCAAAAAUUUUGGAAAUUCUUUUUACAAUUGUCGACUUGUAGGCCAUAAAUCAAACUCCAAUAACUUGAAUAAUCUCAUUGUUUGAAUUUAUGAAUUGGCAGCAGGUAGAAUAAUAAUAGGAGGGGACUUUAACUGCAUAAUUGACCAUAAAUCUGAUAGAAAUAAUGUAAAAAAAUAAUUUAUAUGACUCUUGGAGAGUAAAUAAUCCAGGGGAACAUGACUAUUCUUAUUUCUCUCAAGUACAUCAAACGUACUCAAAUCGAUUACUUUUUGUUGAAAUCUAAUACAUUGUAUCUAGUAAUAAAAACUAUGUAGAGAAAAUAAUCAGUGUGGAUCAACAGUGACAGACCAUAAAUAGGUUAUGUCUCAGUGGUCCAAACUGUCAGGAUACUAGUUUGAUCCAGCAUGUAUAAUUAUGUCACACCUAGGAUUAAAGGUAACGUCUUGCCGGGUCUUACAGUGGCUGGACUUAACGUACAAGAGAAUAGUCAGAAUACUUGCCAAGGUCAGGGUCACAGAAGGAGACACAACGAUGAGGGAAAGCCAAAAGUCAGGGAUACCAAAAAAAAUGUAUAUAGCAAUAUGUUAAGACGAUAAAAUGAAACCAAAAAGGGUCCUAAGUGUACUGAAUAGAUACAAGCUGCAAAUAACCAAACACCAAAUGCAUGAAUAAAAAUAUAUUAUACAACCUGAAAAAACAAUACAACGUAUUCUAUAAAGUAAAUAAAAAUACAUAUGGUGUAGUAAGGGUUAAAUAUCAGGGUGAGGGUGGUAGAAAACUCACUAUAUCGAUGUAUAUUCAGGCAUUUCUCCCAUAAAUAGGGUCAGGGAAAUAGAUGGAAUAUCUUCAAGCACGGUCUUCUUAGUGGCUCAGAGUAACAGAGAGAAGAAAAAAUAUAUAGUGCAGAUGGUAUUAAAAUAUAACACAUUUAUUGCACAAUAUUGCACUUACAGGAUAUCAGAUAAAACAAGGCAUAUCUCCACAACCAGCGUGGUGCCCGGACUUAAAAAGAUAGCAGCAAGCUCCAGAGUUUCCACAUGCAGGGUGGCAAAUAUACAGUAAAAUGUAUAAAUAAAAUACAAAUUAAAGAAAGUAUACACAAGUCCUACACGUUUCGUCCGUUAGGACUUCCUCAGGGAUCGAUGUAGAUGCUACAGGAGAGUCUUCUUAUAUAUUGGUGGCCUUGAAGAUUAAUGCUCGGCAGCUGGACCGGCGUUUGCUUCAUCGUGGAUCUUUACUUCUGGGUUUGACGACAUUCCGUGUGCGUCUAUGACUUCUUUAGUCGUGGCAUGCGUUCCACCUUGGAACACAUAAGUCUUCCAGGUGGUGGUUUGCAACGGGCAGCAGACUGUAACCAAAUUCAAACCUCAAACUCUGUUUGGUAUGUACACACACAAUGUGGGAUAUAGAGAAGGCUGUGCAUAAUGACAAAUCACAAUAUGAAUCAAAAAAGAACAAAAAAUAUAACCAAAAUGUAGGGUUUAAUAAAAGUGUAUAUGAUAUAUCUAAAAAAUAUACAUAUCAAAUAAAGCCAAAAAUUACGUAAUAAAAAAGGUAAAUAAAAUAUAUAUGAAAAUAUAUAUAAUAAAAAUGAAAAUACUAUUAAUAAUAAUGAAAAUAAAAAAUUAUAAAAAUAAAAGUGAAAAAAGCUCAAAAAUAAAUAAAAAUGAAAAAGAUAAAAAUAUAAAUUUAAAUAUAAAUAAUAAUAAUAAUGAAAAUUAUAAAAAUAAAGAAUGAAUGAUAAAAAAAAAUUAGAUACAAAAAAUAUAUAUAUAUCCUUAUAGAGCCAUGAUGCUGAGUCUUGUACAAAAACUAAAUACACUUGUAUUCCAAGAUACAAUAGAAGAGCAGAGAUACAUUGAAUAAAAAAAACCAUAAUAGUUAAAAAGAAAAAACUGAGAAUAAUAAUAAUAAUGAAAAAUUAGAUCUUGGCGAAUAAAGAAAAAGUUAGAUGAGACCCGUGAGAUUUAUCUCCUUAUUUAAUCCUGAUUUUAAGGUCUUUAAAUUAUAGAUCCAUUGUGCCUCUUUCAUAUUUAGUGAUAACUCGAUAUUUCCUACCCUCCAAUGCUUCUCCACCUUGUCUAUCCCAAUUGCUAAAAAAGUAUCCCAUUUGAAAAGUGGGCAAUUAACAGUUUUAACGACCUAAUCGCAGCUAAAUCUAAAGGCCACUACUCCAUACUAAUUCUUCUUGAGCUCUCUGCUGCCUUUGACACCGCUGAUCAUGCUCUACUUCAAACUCUCCAAUCACUUGGUCUCUGUGACUCUGUCCUUUCGUGGUUUUCCUCUUAUCUCUCAGCGACCAUCUUUAACUGCCGAACGCCCAGCGGGGUUUUGUCGUCGACGUCAUGGUUCUGUUUUCAGUCACUAUUAUUCACGAACUCCGCUGGGAUCUCCAGACCUUUGUCCAUUCGUGCCUAAGCAUAGUUUUAUACUCUCAAAUAUAGACCGACCUUCUGCAUGAACACUGUGGAACUAAUUCUGGGUUGACGUUUGCCGAACGGCCCUGGAGACAAAGUUUUCCCUUAUGGCGUUCCCACUAUAUUCGUGAGUUCUGAGAGCUUUUUGGACAUCUUGUGCGCUCAGAUCCAAGCUAUCUGGGGAUAUGUUGGACAUAUAAGUUAAAUAUUGUAUUAUAUAAGUUAUGUAUUUUUAUGUGGUUUCUAUUAUAUAUUUAACUUUAGAAUAUGUCCUAAACCUGAAGAUAAUUAAUUUACUUCAGCUACUUAAGCCAAUUGUGACAGAACCAUCUGCCUGCUUGUAUUUUAGUUGCAUUCGUCUGUUUGUAUCCCGUUCGUAUGAAUGGCUGUUUUCUAUAGCCCAGCCAUUCGAAUGACUUUUUUCCCGAACAAACCUGCCGAACGGACGGCCACCCAGGAGAGGAGUGUGCUGCUGGUUAACCUAUUGAUCCCAAUUAGAACGUUGUGGUUAACCACAAACACUUCUCAAUUAAACCGAAUUCAGGGUGGUCGUCGUUCGUAUGUCGACCACGAGGCAGCGGCCAUUUUAAACCACGCGAAAGCCCAGCGGUGUUUAGCUCUAUUUCUAUGGAACUAAAAACGGACACUUUUUCUGCCAAACACCGCUGAAACAACGGAACGCCUGGCUGUCUCCACGAAAGCAUACGAAUACCGGCCGUUCGGGAGGUUUGGAGCAUACGAAAAGACUUAAUCCAGAGAGCCUUCCCAUGGAGUCAUUCGUAUACCGAAAGACUGUAAGAACUCCAUGGCGAUUGAACUAUGUGUGUGGGAUCUGAGCGCUAUUCGCUAAUAAUAUGCACUCAGAUCCAGGCUAUCUGGGGAUAUGUGAUACGAAUGGGAAACGUUCGGGUAUUUGAAAGUUAUGUAUUUUUAUGUCUUUUGUGAUGUUAUAUUUAAAAUGGCGACUGGCUUCGUCCUGGAGAUAAUUGAGUUACUCAGUAAUUAUCUCCAGGGCAGAGGGGAGGGAAUCGUAAUGCACUGUGGGUAAAAUCUGUAACUGUGUGUCUGGAAUGUCCCCAUAUCUGUCUGUCAUUUAAGUCUCCCAUUUGGUCCCCUAGGGGAGUGUCCACCAAGUGGGAGACCUGCAUAAAUACGGGCAGGUAGCCCACAGUAAAGCCAGAUCCUGUUUGACCCUCAAUGUGGAGUUUCUGUCUCGUUAUUGGGGGGAUUUCUUCUUCACGUUUAGAGACUGCUGGAUGGAACCGAAAGCCGCUUGGUGGAUAUUGUUGUUCGGUGGCUAGCAGCAGUUCGUGUAUUGCCGUUCGGGAGUUUGGAGCCGUUCACGGAUCCCGGUCGGGAGAUUGCCGCUUCCACUGCAUUUGGUUCGUGUACUACAGGUUAGGUGAACGGAGUUACUGUUACUGCAGACGGGGAAGGUCGACUAAACGGCUGUUUUGCCUAAAGACACUGGGGGUGUCUUAACACCAAUUAUCUCCAGGAUAGAAGGGAGGUUUCAGAAAGAUGCACUUUGCCCUUAUUGGUUUAUGUCCCUUGUAUCACGGUGUUCCAUCAGGUCCAGAGGGGUGUGCCCCUGGCCUGAAAAUGUUAUAUAAGCAAUGCCUUUCUGCACAAUAAACCAGACUUCUUACCCUCAACUCGCAGCCUCGACUCGUGUUGUUGGGAAAUGCUGAUCACUAGCUCUGCUCAGAGCUCCAGGAAUACACUUGCAGGAAUAUCGUUAGGUGCUGGAUCGGGGACAAGGGCAUCCAAGCGGCCCAACCUUCAGCUAGCCUGGGGCAACCGUAACACUCAUCCUUCUGCAAAAUGUGCCAAUGUUUGUUUAAAACUCUUUCGAUUUUUUUUUUGGCCUGUAUAUUGUACGUAGUUAUAAAAGCAAAGUUAAAACGGUUAUUAUCUGUCAGGAUCGUAUCCUGAGAGCUAUGUUUUAUCUCCUUGGGCAGACUAGAUGGGCCGAAUGGUUCUUAUCUGCUGUCACAUUCUAUGUUUCUAUGUUUCCUUUUGUCUCUGUUCCUUUAAAAAGAAGAUCCAGCUUUCAACCACUAGUGGCCUCACUAGUCACCUCAGUCUUCCGCUGCCUAGGACAAAUUACUUGCUUCAGCUACAUAAGGCUACACCCUGCUCACAACAGGGCAUUUACAUUGAAGUUGGUGAUCUACCUGAAAGACUUCAGUUCCUGGCUCCUGUGAACUGUACCUUCUACCCUGCUCCAUACCAACCUGCUCCAGACUUACCUUCUACCCUGCUCCAUACCAACCUGCUCCAGACUUGCCUUCAAACCUGCUUUACUCUCACGUAUGAUUUUGACCUCUGCCUCGGUUAACAGCCUUCCUGUGUGCAAUGGCUACCCAGGUAGAAGGAGGGUAUCAGCCGUUGGAGACAUCCUUUUCUUCCCAGCAAGGUGCUGUGUAGUAGUGGAGUUGCUUAUUCCCAUCCACUGGAUCCAAGGCAGGAGUCAGGCAGAGCUCUUAAAAGAGCUAAGUGAUUAAGCUGCAUAUCCCCUUUCAAUAACGAGACAAGGCUACGUUUUGAAGGGUCAAGAAGAACUGAAUUUUAACGGCAGGUACUCUCCUUUUAUGUGAUUCUGCCCAUGCAAGGGAGACACCCACAUAAUUAACAAAACAACCAAUACAACAUAAGGUACAUCCCACACAUCUCCUCCCCUCAUAUAAGCCUGUAACCCAAUUAACACAGUUAAAUUUUUCCCCAAGUUUUGGGUGUACCCCAAAUACCUGGGGUACAUGCAUAAACCUGGUGUCCCCAUAGCCCUAUUAUGGGAGACCAGCAUUUGUAAAAAUCAGCUCAUUCUGUUCAGUGGUUCGGGAGAUAUGGGACUUUAACGUUUUGACCGACCGCACAGGCAAAAUAGCCGAAAAUAGUUCCAUGAGUUUUGGCCUUGCGGUCUGUGAUGAGAGCAAUCUCGCCACAUUGCAUUGGAGAAGCCUGGUUGCUCACCUGUUGCCUUUAGACUAUGGCCCCAUGUUAAAAGACUUUGUUUCCCCUGCAGAAAAUACUUAUUCGUGCUUUUCUGCCCGGUGUUCGGUAGAUUGUCUACCGAACAACCGCACGAAUGACUAGACCACCUGGGAGCUGGAGUGUGCCGGCAAUUAGCCUCCCUGAAGCUGCGGUUAACCGCAGCUUAAUUGACGAAUGCUGGGUGGCCGCCAUUCGUAUCACGAACACGAGGUUGCGGCCAUUUUAAACACGCGAACGCACAGCGGUGUUCGACACUUAAUUCAUGGAACUAAAAACGGACACCAUUUUGCGAGAACACCGCUGAAGCUGCUGACCUCCCUUCUUGUUCGGUGAAAGUGCACGAAUGGCCCGGUGUUCGGUAGUUUUACUUGACUAUGUUAUACCCCAGAUAGGAAUCCCAUGGAGCCCAUUCGCAUGAGAACUGACUGUGUAAAGACUUUCGCUUCAUGGCGAUUACACUGUAUUCGUGUGGUCUGAGCGCCAUUCGCUUAAUAAUGUGCGCUCAGACCUGAGCUAUCUGGGGACAUGUUAAAUGUAUAGUUUUAUUGUAACUUGUGUCAUACUGUGUAUUUUAUUAGUAAUUCCUGCUUUAGUAUCCCCACGUGCAUAAUGGCUAUUUGUCUUGGGAGAUAAUUGAAUUACUUCUCAAUUAACUCCAAGGCAGAGGGGAGGAAGCCAGGAUGCAUUGUGGGAAUAUAAUGUGACUGUGUGUUCUAUUUGUCUACUUGUCUGUCUCUUGUCACAGUCUCCCAUUUGGUCCCCUAGGGGAGUGUCCACCAGGUGGGAGACCUGCAUAAAUACUGGGCAGGUAGCCCUCAUUAAACCAGACCACUGCUUGACCCUCAACACAGAGCCUUGUCUCAUCUUUGGGGGGAUUUACUGAACGCUGAUAGAGACUGAUUGCUUGGUGUGUAAGCCGCUUGGAUGCUUUUCCUAUUCGUCUGCUAGCUGGUUCCAGUUCGUGUAUUUGGAGUGCUAUAUUGUAUGCCGUUCGGGAGUUUGGAGCAUUCCCUUAUUGGCGGUUCGUGAGUUUGGUGUUCUACUGUAGCUGUGCCUGCAUCUCUCAAAGGGGAAGAUCGCCUAAACGGUUUUUACCCCUUGUGUGCAAAACGGUCCGUUACAUGGUUGGUCUUUGCUCGUGCGUUAAAAGUCCCGAAAGGCUUGCCAUCCGUGUGUAACUUGAUGUUCGCCAGAAUCCCCAUAUGCUACUGAGUAUUUUUACUGAACGGCAGGGUGUUCGGUAGUUUGGCACGAAUUUCUGGUACUAUGGAGGUCUCAGCGGUGUUCGCCUACUCGACAGGAAAAAGGGGGGAGGGGGAGAUGCACAGACCAGCAACAUUCAACAUACCCUGCACAAAUAAUAGGCACAAUGUGACAAAACACAAAAGGAAUUUGGGAGCCCACCCAUAAUGUCUGUCUUCCAUCCCCAGUGAUAGUGACUACCGUCACAGCUAUAGCGCAGGGACAAAUUUCCUGUAAUAUCCCGCUGUCCCUAGGAAAGCCAGUACCUGGGUCUUGGUGUGAGGUGUGGGCCAGUUGGCCACGGCCUCGACCUUGGCUGGCUCCAGUCGCUUUUUCCCACAUCCUACCCGGUGUCCCAAGUACUGGACUUCGGCCAUGCCAAAGUGGCACUUUUCUGGCUUCAGAGUUAGGCCUGCUGCCCGAAUCUGGUCCAGUACGGCCCCUACAUGUUGCAAGUGUUCCCCCCCCAGGUCUCGCUAUAGAUCGCAAUGUCAUCCAGGUACGCACACGCAAAGUCCUGGAAGCCAUCAAGGAGCCUACCCACCAAGCGUCAGAAGGCGGCUGGGGCAUUCUUCAUCCUGAAUGGCAUGACCUUGAAUUGGUACAGGCCAAACGUGGUGACGAAUGCUGACUUGGGGAUGGCCUCCUUGGCCAGGGGGAUCUGCCUGGGGGAUGGCCUCCUUGGCCAGGGGGAUCUGCACAAAUCAAUAGUGGUCAGAUAUCAUCCCCUGGCAAUGCGAUCUAAUAGUUCGUCCACUCGGGGCAUUGGGUACGCAUCUGUCACUGUACGGUCAUUAAGGCGUCUAUAGUCCACACAGAAUCGGGUGGUUCCGUCCUUUUUGGGAACUAGAACAACUGGCGAGGCCCAGGGACUGUACGAUGGUUCUAUGACUCCUAGCCUAAGCAUCUCCUGUAUCUCCUUUCUCAUUUCUUCCUUAACUGCCUCAGGGAUUCGGUAGGGGGUCUGUCUAAGGGGGGUUUGUCCCGGAGUCUCUACGCAGUGGGUUGCUAACGUGGUGUACCCGGGUUCUUGGGAGAACGUUAAUCCCUUUUCAGUUAACAACUGUCUGAUCUGCCCCUUUUCUGCUGGAUUUAAGCGCUCCCCUAGUUGGACAGUAUUGAGCAAACUAUUGGGCCCUGUGCGCUCUAGCAGAUCUGGGAUAGGUAGACUGUCGGAGUCCUCUGUAGCAGGAAUACAUAUGGCCGCAAUAUCCUCUGGCCUCUCUUGGUAUUCCUUCAGCAGAUUAACAUGGAAGGAUUUCCGAAUCCAUUCAUCCUUGUUACUGGCAAUUGCAUAGGUAGUGUCACAGACUUGCGCCACAACCUUGUAAGGGCCCUGCCAGGAGGUCUGGAGCUUAUUCCCUUUCACUGGUCUAAGCACCAGAACCUUCUGUCCCACCUGGAAUGUUCUCUGUCGGGCGCCCCGAUCAUACCAUCGUUUCUGUCGACCCUGGGCCACAUGGAGAUGAUCUCGUGCUAACUGCUCCAUGUGGUCCCGCAUCUCCAGAACAUAUGGCACAAUGGGGACACCCUCAUGUUCCAUCUCUCCUUCCCAGUGCUCUCGGAUGAGGUCGAGGGCGCCUCGAACUCUCCUUCCAUACAGCAGCUCAAAUGGGGAGAACCCAGUGGACUCCUGUGGUACCUCUCGAUAUGCAAACAAGAGGUGCGGCAGAAAUCGCUCCCAGUCUCUGCAUUCCGCUGUAAAAGUCCGCAGUAACUGUUUCAGGGUACCAUUAAAGCGCUCACAGAGACCGUUAGUCUGGGGGUGGUAAGGUGAGCUGAGAAGGGUCUUAAUAUCGCAGACCUUCCAUAACUGUUGGGUUAAGUCUGCGGUAAACUGAGUCCCUCUAUCAGACAGUAUGUCUUGUGGGAAUCCUACUCUGAUGAAUAUCCCGUGUCAGCCUGGAUAUUCGUCAGAGCGACGGCUUCCGGGUAGCGGGUAGCAUAGUUGUCAGGUAUAGCAUGGCAUGUAAUACAUCGCCGGAACCCACUUCCGGGUUCACGGCGCUCAGCCCCGCCCCUUUUUCUGACGCGGUCCCUCCACGAUACUUAGGAGGACCGCGCCAGAUUCAAAGGGCUGGAUUAUUCGCACAGGUGCUGCAUGAAGAUCAGCUGCUCUACUUUUGAUCCUACCUGCUCCACUUCUAUACCUCGGCUAGUAAACGGAUUUCUACCUUCUCCACUUCUCGACCUCGGCUUGUAAACGGAUUUCUACCUUCUCCACUCCUAGACCUCGGCUUGUAACUCUGAAUUCUACCUUCUCCACUCCCAGACCUCGGCUUGUUAAAACGGACUUCCCCACUCUCCACUCCUAGUUCUCAGCUUGUUGAAACGGACUUCUAAUUUCUCCUUCAUUGGGUGAAUUAACCCUUCCAGUGCCAGAACUGCCUUUAAGUUAAGUAAUACUUUUACCAAACAAGUCAAUUCCUAUUAUUUAUAUUACACAAUAUCUAAAACUCACUAAAGUGUCACUUUGUCUAAUUAUUCCUCUUAUUCAUAAGGGAUUGCUACAAAGCCUAAUUUUACCUUCAUGGGUAUUUAAAGGUACAGUGACCAUUGUUUCAUACCAAUAUAAAAGGAGGUGAAACUUAUUGUUGUUGCAACCAAGAAAUGCUGCAGUUGAGUUCCAAUUAAAGAAAUAUUACAAAAUAAGUAUUACAGAAUAAUCCAGCCUUAUUCAAUGGAACCAGCAGAUAUUAACUCUCAAGUUUCUGCCCUAACCAAUAGAGUGGAUACGAUUGCUCAAGGGUUACAGGAACUGCAAAUUACAAAUGAGAGAAUAUUAACCUAUGUUAGAGACAUUCAAGGUCAUCUUCCUCAUGCCGCUCUUCAAUCGGCUGGUGAUCCUGCUGUCUGUAAUCCAGAAAAAUUUUAUGGAGAUAGAACAAAGUACAGAGAGUUUUUGAAUUCUUGCAAACUACUAAUAGCUUUAAAACCUAGAUCUUAUCCCACCGAAAGAUCCAAAGUCUGUUCAGUGAUCUCUUUUUUAAGAGGUGAACCUAUGGCCUGGGCCCAUUCCUUUUUGGAAAAUGAUGAUCCCAUAUUAGAUUCAUUGGAUGAGUUCUUUGAAGCUAUGUCUUUAUUAUAUGAAGAUCCUUUUAAACAAACUACUGCUGAUUUAACCAUCAGAACAUUACACCAAAAGAAUAGACCUGUUGAAGAUUAUAUUGCAGAAUUCAAAAGAUGGGCUACAGAAACCCAAUGGAAUGACAUUACUUUACGCAAUCAAUUCCGUCUCGGAUUAUCUGAAGCUGUGAAAGAUGAACUCUCUCGUACAGAACUUCCUCCUACCUUAAAUGCAUUGAUUCAACUGUCUAUCAGUAUUGAUAGACGUCUAAGAGAAAGAAAAGCUGAAAGGGUUCUUACUAAUUCUACCUGGAGAAAACCUUUCACUACUCUAAAACUACCUGAAAAAAUUCCUCCACAAACUGAACCUAUGGAAGUAGGUAUAAUAAAAAGUCCUCUUACUUCUGAAGAAAGAAUAAGAAGGAGACAACUAAACUUAUGUAUGUAUUGUGCUUCGAACGAACAUCUAAUUUCCGAAUGUCCUCUACUGAAACAUUCAAAAGGUGGUAAGCUUCAUUCAUCUACCUCUAUAUUGAACGUUUUUCAAAAAAGAAAAGCAUCUACUUAUUUUUCUAUAUCUCUCAUAUUACAGUGGGAUACAAAAAGAAUCGUGACUGAGGCCAUCAUUGAUUCUGGUGCUAAUGGAACUUUUCUUGAUUUUUCUUUUGUUUCAAAAAAUAAAAUUCCUUGUGUUCAAAAAACCAAUUUUAUUCCAAUCAGAGUUAUUGACGGUUCAUUUAUAUCCUCAGGACCCAUCAAAGAUGAAACAAUCCCUCUAAGAAUGAUUACCAACAACGUACAUUUCGAAUUCAUUACAUUUGAUAUUAUUAAAUCUCCACUUUAUCCCGUCAUUCUAGGAAUUAAUUGGUUAAAAAACCAUGAUCCUUUAAUUAAGUGGUCUCCCUUCUCCAUCUCCUUUGCUUCUGAUUUCUGUAAAAAAACGUGCUUACAACACAUUCCUAUUCUCCAAACUACUGUAGAACCAGUUAUACCUCCAUUCUACUCCGAUUUUGCAGAUGUCUUUUGUAAAAAAGAAGCGGAAACACUUCCUCCUCAUCGGGUAUAUGAUUGCCCAAUAGAUCUCAUACCCGGAGCUCCUAUUCCUUAUGGUCAUAUUUAUCCACUCUCUGAAAAGGAGUUAGAAAUUUUAAAAGAAUAUCUUAAUGAAAAUUUACGCAAAGGGUUCAUCAGACCCUCGACCUCUCCUGCUGCUUCUAGUAUUUUCUUUGUGAAGAAUAAAGACCAAACCAUCCGUCCUAUUAUAGAUUACAGAGCCUUAAAUAAAAUAACUAUUAAAAAUCGUUAUCCUCUUCCACUAAUAAAUGAAUUAAUUGAAAGGUUAAGAACUGCAACUAUAUUCACUAAACUCGACCUUCGAGGCGCAUAUAACCUCAUUAGAAUAAAACAGGAUGAUGAAUGGAAAACCGCCUUCCGGACAAGAUAUGGUCUCUACGAAUAUCUAGUGAUGCCUUUCGGGCUCUGUAAUGCCCCUGCAACAUUUCAACAUUUUAUCAAUGAUAUCUUUAGAGAUCUUCUGGAUGUAUGUGUUAUUAUCUACUUAGAUGAUAUCUUAAUAUAUUCUAACAAUUUGGAUGAACAUAGGAAGCAUGUUAGAUGGGUUCUAUCUAGACUGAGAACUCAUAAAUUAUACGCUAAACCAGAAAAAUGCCUUUUUGAGGUUACUGAAUUCUCUUUUCUAGGAUACAUUAUUUCACCUCAUUCUUUGAAGAUGGAUAAUUCCAAAAUCAAAUGUAUUAUUGAUUGGCCUGCUCCUACUACUACAAAAGAAUUACAACGUUUUCUUGGAUUUGCAAACUUCUAUAGAAAAUUUAUUAGAAACUAUUCGGAUGUAUCACAUCCUCUUAACCUCCUCAACAGUAGUAAACGUCCUUUUAAUUGGAAUAAAGAUGCACAAACAGCCUUCGACGAAUUAAAAAAAAGAUUUACAACUGCACCUAUUCUACAACUACCUAAUCCAACAUUCCUAUAUGUUCUUGAAGUUGAUGCAUCAGAUGCAGCCAUCGGAGCAGUUCUUUCUCAACAAAAGACUCCACAAGAUCCACUUCAUCCAGUUGCCUUUUUUUCAAGAUCCUUGAGCUCUGCUGAAAAAAAUUAUCCUAUUGGUGAAAAAGAAUUAUUAAGUGUUAAAGCUGCCUUCGAAAAUUGGCGUCAUCUUCUGGAAGAUACAAAACAACCUAUAAUAGUUUAUACUGACCAUAAAAAUCUUGAAUAUCUCUAUACUAACAAAACCCUUACAGCUAGACAAGUUAGAUGGAACCUAUUUUUUAACCGAUUUAACUUCCAAUUAAUAUACAGACCUGGAAAUAGAAAUAAAAAGGCUGACGCUCUUUCUCGAAUUCCUUCUAAAACUACUACUGAUGAUUAUCCUUCUACCAAAAUAAUAGGAAUCCUCUCUUCUCUUCAUGAUGACAUAAAGAAUUUGAAUCAGAAGGAUCUUGAACUUCCCAAAACACCUAUACUAACAAAAAAGGAUGGUCUAUUUUAUUUUAAAAAUAGAAUUUAUAUUCCUCCCAUUCUUAGGAAUAAAUUACUUAAGAUGGUUCAUGAUUCCCCCCUAGCUGGACAUCCUGGAAUAAAGAAAACACUUGAACUAACUUCACGAUAUUAUUGGUGGCCUCGCCAGGAUAGAACCAUUGAAUUAUAUGUCAAAACAUGUCCUAUCUGUCAAAGGUCUAAACCAGAACAUAAUCAACCUUUUGGAUUACUACUUAACUUACCUAUUCCAGAAAAACCUUGGCAAUCCAUUUCUAUGGAUUUUAUCGUUGAUCUUCCACCUUCUCAACAUUUCACCACUAUUCUUGUCGUUGUGGAUCGCUUCACAAAAAUGUCCCAUUUCAUUUCUUUAAAAAAUUACCCUCCUCUGUAGAAUUGUCUAAGGUCUUUAUUGACAAUAUUGUGAAACUUCAUGGUCUUCCUGAAGAAAUUAUUUCUGAUAGGGGGACACAAUUUACCUCCAAAUUCUGGAAAGAGAUGUGUCUCUCCCUUCAAAUUCAACGCAAACUCUCUUCCGCUUAUCAUCCCCAAACUAAUGGGCAAACAGAAAGGGUUAAUCAAUGUUUGGAACAAUAUCUUCGAUGUUAUUGUUCAUACCUCCAAGAUGACUGGACCACAUGGUUACCUAUGGCCGAAUUUUCUUACAAUAAUACCAUUCAUUCUAGUACGAAAAUGACUCCUUUCUUCUCCAACUAUGGUUUUCAUCCGUCUUCAUUCCCCAUCCAAACCAUUACUUCAUCCAAUCCUACUGUUACAUCAAAAAACGAAUUUAUGUCUUCUCUAUUUCUCAAAUUACGGGAGAAUCUUCAACUCGCCCAAAAUAACCAGAAAAAGUUUUUUGACAAUAAUAGAAGAAUUCCCCCUCCUUACAAGGUAGGGGAUCUUGUCUGGCUCUCUUCAAGGAAUAUUACCACAAGCCGUCCUUCAAAGAAAUUGAGCUCUCUUUUUCUUGGUCCCUUUCAAGUAAUUACUAUCAUUAAUGAUAACGUUGUUAAACUAAAACUUCCUCCAAGUUUUAAACUUCAUCCAGUAUUCCAUGUCUCCUUACUUAAACCACACAUCCCUGAUCCUUUUUAUAGAGAAAUAGUAACAACUCCUGAACCUAUCAUUGUCCAAGGUGAAGAAGAAUAUGAAAUUCACAAAAUUUUGGAUUCUCGUGUCCACCGUGGCUCCUUACAAUACCUUAUCAGAUGGAAAGGUUAUGGAGUUGAUGAAGACACUUGGGAAGAUUCAUCUAAUGUACAUGCUAGGAGGUUAGUUACUGCCUUUCACAAACGCUACCCCUCCAAACCGAAAUAGUGCACCCAGAGGAUGCCCCAUGGGAAGGGGGUACUGUCAGGUAUAGCAUGGCAUGUAAUUCAUCGCCGGAACCCACUUCCGGGUUCACGGCGCUCAGCCCCGCCCUUUUUUCUGACGCGGUCCCUCCACGAUACUUAGGAGGACCGCGCCAGAUUCAAAGGGCUGGAUUAUUCGCACAGGUGCUGCAUGAAGAUCAGCUGCUCUACUUCUGAUCCUACCUGCUCCACUUCUAUACCUCGGCUAGUAAACGGAUUUCUACCUUCUCCACUUCUCGACCUCGGCUUGUAAACGGAUUUCUACCUUCUCCACUCCUAGACCUCGGCUUGUAACUCUGAAUUCUACCUUCUCCACUCCCAGACCUCGGCUUGUUAAAACGGACUUCCCCACUCUCCACUCCUAGUUCUCAGCUUGUUGAAACGGACUUCUAAUUUCUCCUUCAUUGGGUGAAUUAACCCUUCCUGUGCCAGAACUGCCUUUAAGUUAAGUAAUACUUUUACCAAACAAGUCAAUUCCUAUUAUUUAUAUUACACAAUAUCUAAAACUCACUAAAGUGUCACUUUGUCUAAUUAUUCCUCUUAUUCAUAAGGGAUUGCUACAAAGCCUAAUUUUACCUUCAUGGGUAUUUAAAGGUACAGUGACCAUUGUUUCAUACCAAUAUAAAAGGAGGUGAAACUUAUUGUUGUUGCAACCAAGAAAUGCUGCAGUUGAGUUCCAAUUAAAGAAAUAUUACAAAAUAAGUAUUACAAUAGUCCACCAUGGUAAGAAUGUAAUUCUUACCGGAUGGACUGGAGUUGGGUAAGGGCCCCACUAGGUCGACUGCCACCAUGCUAAACGGCUCUUCGAUUACGGGCAUGGGUGACAGUCGAACCCUAGGGUGGUCCCCUCUUUUCCCUACUCGUUGGCAGACGUCACACGGUACCACCCAAGUGUCCUGGUAAGGGAAUAUCAUGGCCGAUUCGGAGAAGUUCCAACUGGUACUUUCUGGGUACCACCAGUUUGGUGCUUCUGCGAAGGGACACAGCCUCUCUUCCUACCUUUGGUUAACCUGUAUAACCUGUCGUUGUCCCAUAUAAACCUUUCCCGCUCAUCCCCCCCCCACUGUCGGCUAUUUCCCGGUACCUUUGGAGGGUGGGGUCCUCCCUGGUUUCCCUCCCAAACUCUUCUGGGGUAUCCCAAGCUAGAGGUCUCUCUACUGUAUUGGGUCUAAGGGUUGGUUCAUUGCUUACCUGGGUCUCCCGUCCUUGUGUAGAGUCAUCAGCAGCACGGGUCUGUGAUCGAGUGGCCACUGGACAAGCAGCAGCGGUUGUGGGUAGGUAGGCUAAAGCCAGAGGGCCAAUAUCAUUGCCCAACACGACUUCGACAGGCAGGUUGUCCAUGAUGCCCACAGUGGUUUUCCCAGACCUGACCCCCCAGUCCAAAUGUACCCAGGCAGUAGGUAAGCGGAACACAGCCCCUCCCGCCACACAUACAGCAACUGUGCGAUUAGACAAAUGUUCCAGUUUGACUAGAUGCCUUUGCAUCAGGGUGAUGGUAGCACCGGUGUCCCUCAAGCCUUGUGCCACCUGUCCAUUUACUCGCACCUCCUGGCGAUGAUGCUCGGUCUCUAGGCAAUAUGCGGCGGAGGUAUGAGGUGAGGUGGUCUCAACGUUGGGUGAAGGGCGUCUCCAGUUGGUAGCAGAGGAUCCCAAGGGGCAGAAACGGGCAAUAUGUCCAGUGUUGCUUCACCCGUGACAGGUUGUUCUAGACAAAUCUCGGGGGUAGUUGUUGGACCCCUGAGGGCGAGACGGCCCUGGGGGUACAGGAGCACAGAACUCCAGGCGAGGUAUGGUUGCUGGGGCACGAUGUUCUACCUUGUGAGCUGGUCGAGGAGUACUUUGACUCACUUUUCUCGUUUCGGCGUACUCAUCGGCCAACUGAGCAGCAUUGUUUAAGGUUAUGGGACGGCGGUCUCGCACCCAGUCCUGUAAGACUUCCUCCCCGGUGUCUGCCUGGCAGCCCUUAAGGGAUUCCAUGUGGGAAUCCACAGCCUUUUUCUUGGACUCCUGGAAGCAGCGACGGUAAGUCUCUGGAGUCACGGCGUAUCUGGUGAGGAGGGCAUCCUUGACUCGCUGAUACUGCAGUAUAUCCUCGGGGGUGAGAGCCUGAAAGGCUUAGUUCGCCUUGCCGGAUAGUUUCCCGGACAAGAUAGUGACCCAUUGCUCUGGGGGUAUUUGAUGCAACGAGCACUGUCUCUCAAAAUCGGCUAGAUAGCCAUCAAUCUCAUCUUUAUUCUCCACAAAUACUUUAAACGCUGUGAAAGGAACCUUCUUUGCCGUGUUAGUUGGAGGUGGGGUCUGAACUGUCUGUGUAAUAGGCUGUUGUGCUCUUACCAGUUCGAUUUCGUGGCCCCGCUUCUCCCGGAUCUCUGCUUUCACGUCGAGGAACAGCCACUCAAUCAGUUCUACUGACGUGGUUGGGUACAUGGCUAGUCUCCUCUGCACAAUGCGGUUGAUGUCAUCUUCUUCGCUGAUCGGUACCAGGGGUUCGGUGACUUCCAUGGACCGAUCCAUUUAGUCUAGUUCCAGUAGGUCAGCUAUCAGCUCUCUCCAUGGUCUGUUACUGGCACUCCAUCCACGACUCUCCAGUAGAUCUUUCAGUGUGGGUCUCUUCAGUCUGUCAUACUGAGACUCCAUUCAGCACUUGCACUGUGGAUGAAAGGACCAUCCCACUGCUGCCACCAAUGUAACGGCUACCCAGGUAGUAGGAGGGUAUCAGCCGUUGGAGACGUCCUUUUCUUCCUGGCAAGUCGCUGUGUAGUAGUGGAGUUGCUUAUUCCCAUCCACUGGAUCCAAGGCAGGAGUCAGGCAGAGCUCUUAAAAGAGCUAAGUGAUUAAGCUGCAUAUCCCCUUUCAAUAGUGAGACAAGGCUACGUUUUGAAGGGUCAAGAAGAACUGAAUUUUAACGGCAGGUACUCUCCUUUUAUGUGAUUCUGUCCAUGCAAGGGAGACACCCACAUAAUUUUACAAAACAACCAAUACAACAUAAGGUACAUCCCACACAUCUCCUCCCCUCAGAUAAACCUGUAACCCAAUUAACACAGUUAGAAUUUCCCCCAAGUUUCGAAUAUACAUAUGUCAAAAUCAGCUCAUUUGGUUCAGUGGUUCAAGAGAUAUGGGACUUUAAAGUUUUGACCGACUGCACAGGCAAAAUAGCCAAAAAUAGUUCCAUGAGUUUUGGCCUUGUGGUCGGUCUUUGUUCAUGCGUUAAAAUUCCCGAAAGGCUUGCCAACCGUGUGUAACUUGACGUUCGCCAGAAUCCCAAUAUACUACUCAGUCUUUCUACCGAACGGCAGGAUGUUCGGUAGUUUUGGCACGAAUUUCUAGUACUAUGGAGGUCUCAGCGGUGUUCGCCUACUCGAGUGUCCGAUUUUAGUUCCAGACACUGGACGGCAAAACACCGCUGUUCGGGAGUUAAGAUGGCCGCAACCACGUGUAAAAGUCCCGAAAUGGCGGCCACCCAGGCACUUAAACAAAGCGGUUGUGUGUUUCCCAUGAAGACUGUAUGCGCCCAUCAGGGAGGUAAAUUACACAUAAUUAGGUAGCAGGGUGGUCCGGUGUUCGGUAGUUUGCAUUCGUAUGAGGAAUGCAGUGUUCCUACCGCCUGGGUCUCACAAUUGAGCGAAUGCUUAAAAAGUUCCGAACUGCUUUAUAGAAAAAUCCCCACGAAAGCCGGCAAGGACCUUCAAUUUGUAUCUAGCUUGAUGUUCUUUUCUGUAUAAAUGAUACAUCCUUAUAAUCCAAGGUUUCUGUUCCUGUGUAUGUGCCCGGCUAGCUCUUAACGGGUCAGUAAUAGCAAGUGUUUCCAGGCACAGGGUAGAGUUUUGUUACACUGUGUUACAAACCUGCCUCCAUUAUCAGCCUUCUACUGUUACCAGCCUGCCUCUGUAACCAGCCGUUGUUUCAACCCUACCUGGAGAUCACAGACUCUCUUUAUCAUUUUGCAAGUAUCCUGUUUUGUGGCAUAUUGCCUAAAGUCUGUUUUUCCUCAAUUUGCAUAAUAUGUCAAAAAGCACAAAUAAAGUCUCAAAUAACAACCCUGGCAUAAGUUUCCUAUCUGACCUGCACAAGAGCAUGACACUAUCAUUCAAUUUGGUAUCUUUAUCUUUAAAAAAAUGUGUUCUUUCUGUUUUAAUAAGGUCUACCUCUGCCUUCUCUAUAUCUUCCUUGUUAUAGCCCUUAUCUAAAUACCUAUUUUUUAUAACUUGAGAUUGUUAUUUAAACACUUGUACGUCUGAGCAGUUUCGUCUUAAACGAGUGAAGUGUCCUUUGUGGAUGUUUUUAAGCUAAGAAGGAUGAUGUGAGCUAGAAUAUUGUUUUGCUGUAUUGCAAUCCGUACUUUUGAAAAAAAGUUUUUGUUUUUAAGGUAUUUUCCUCCAUAUAUAAGGUAAGAUCAAGAAAAUCUAACGGUUUUGGAUUACAGAUGGAGGUAAAUUGUAAAUUAUAAUCGUUACAAUUAAUGUUUAGAAUAAAAUUAUUUAAACUCAGUUGGUCUCCUUCCCAAAUUAUAAGCACGUCGUCUUAUGUAGCAUUGCCACAGGAAGAGAUCCCCCCCAGCGUCUGGCCCAACCCAACAUGUCUAGAUUCCCAAUGGGAUACAUAAAGGUUAGCGAAGCUGGGGGCGAACCUCGUAACCAUGGCGACACCACAUAGCUGUGAAUAAUAACUGUUAUCAAACCAGAAAAAAAAUGUUGUCAACACAAAUUGGAUAGAGGCGACUAAAAAAUCGGCUUGUUUUAUACUCUAUUUUUUACUGGUGGUAAAAAUAUCUUUGAUGGCUGAGAGUCGUUUUUGAUGGGGGAUGUUUGUAUACAGGGAAACGACAUCAACUGAGGCCAGAAUGUACAUUGACUUCCACUGUAUCUGUAAUAGAUCAUUUAGAAGAUGUUUGUGUCCUUGAUGUAAGUGGACAUUGUGGGAACAAAUGGUUGUAAGAAGAAGUCAACGUAACUCUGACAAAUUACAAGACAUAGAAUCAAUCCCACUAAUAAUGGGACGGCCAGGUGGGGAAGUUAAACUCUUGUGUAUGUUUGUCAAAAAAUAAAAGCAGGGGGCGGGGCCUGACAACCAAGAUGGCCGGUCGCACUUAGUGAGAGCUCCAGCACCAGCAGGCACAAUUAAGCUUUUUCCGACCAAACUACCAUCGACAGCUGCUCACGGUGCCCAGCGUGCGAUGCAGGACCGAUCAAGAAACGGGAGGAUGCCUGUCUUGACUUGGUAUGCCACGAAAGUGCCUGGUCCGGCCAUGCCUAGCGUCUGGGGGAGGCGGCCGAUCCCCCAGCGCGGGACAUGCUCACCCAGAAGAAUUCAGCAUAGCCCUGCUACCCCACCCUAUGGAACGGUGGGGGAUAUCCCGGUCCUCGCUGGGGACGAUUACCCCCACAACACAGCCUGCAACACAAGAGACUCGCAGUACCCCUGGGACUGCCGUCAGAGCUGAGUCCAAGCAACCCGAGGAGAGGGCGAAAAAAACGGCUAAUAACCACGCUGAACAAGCGGAUUACUCAGCUAGGCUAGAAGCGAUCUUUGAAGCAUUCUGGCACAAGCUUGAACGGCGCACACAACAAAAUGCUGAGAAACAACAAGGCAUCUGCUCCUCAAAGCACCCACAAGGAGGUCAUAACAUGGCCGCUGCGAACAAGCCCCAGCGCCCACAGGACCAACGAUGCCGCCCAACUCUGCGCAGCAAACAGCGGUCUCAAGCAACUGCCUGGAGCAACAAACCACCUUCAGGGCAGGGAGCCCGACAGGACCACAGUCAGUCCCAUCGUCCACACACCAGGAGGACCUCCAAGAAAACGGAGUUCCAGAAGGCACACGGCCCAACUAAGCACUGGGCAGUGAUUCCCGUACUAAACGGGACGAGGGGACCUGAUCGGUCAUUGUACCACCGCAACAACCUCCCAAGACACCUGCUGGGUAUAAUCAACAACUGACACCUGCACUGCACAGAGGAUGCCAUGCGGAGACACCCCCAGCAUGGCCCGCAAGAGGAAUUGGCUGACUGGUGCUGAGAGCAGCCACUCGCAAUGCGUGCAGAGUCCAGAGACAAUCAGGACAAUUCAAACUAAGAUGCAGAGAGCAACCUCCAGUGAGACAUGUACCAAUGGUUGAUUAAUAUGUACCCAGAAUAGAUAUGUGUCAAUGACUAAUAGGUGCCCAUAAUUAAUAUGACCCUCUGAUGAAUAUGUGCCAGCAAUUAACAUGAUCUCCAUACCUGUUUUAGCACGAUCCUAGCGUUUGGCGGUGUGAUUCCCCACACCACUAUGCAAUAGCUAUCCUCUCCGCAAAAGCUAGCAACUCCUAUAUGCUAGACUCACUCUAUAUUCUCUUAUGAAUGAUGUGAAAGUUUAGGCACCUCUCCCCACUAAUAAGCUACCUACAACCCAAGGCUCAGACAUGCAAGUACCUUUAAUCCCAAGCAAAAGCGAUGCAGAAAUAAGCACUGCUAUGUGACCUAGGGGUCACUUCACCUUCACCUUACCCUAUAUGUAUUUGACUAAGCUUGUUAUUAUUGGUGGCAAUCGGUAUCAGUGCCUACGAUAUGUAAUCGCUAUAACGAAACUGGUUUUAGUAUCACUCAUACGCACUGUAUAGUUUCCAUCAUUGUUCUUUCAUGUUAUUUAAAAAAAAAAAAAAGUGCUGUACUGCUGACAUUUCAAGACAUAUUUAAGCAUGUUGUAUAACUCCUACAAGUUAUUGUCACGCCUAUUGCUCUGACCUAUGUGCUUUACCAUAAGCUUAAUUGCACUCAACUGUGAUUCUUGAAUGUCAUAUGAGCGUAAAUCUUGAAACAUGCAGUAGUGGCGAGUGCAGAUACCCUGAUUGUUGUUGUUCCAAUAUAACGUAUAAGCCUAUAUCCUAACGACUAAUCUACUGUACAUAGUAUAAAGCUACCGUUACUAGCCUAACAACCUGCCACACUUACCAUUAGGUUCAGGGGGAAUGAAUGUCGCACUACAUAAAAGCCACAUGUUUAUAACCUAAAGCGUACCUAGAUAUGUUAUCCUAUGUUAUAUCAUAUAAGCGAUGUUUAUUAAUCUGUUAAUUUCACGAUUAUACCAAAAUGUGCUGAUCAUACUGCCACGCUUUAAAUUGUCUUGUAAAUGCUUGUGGAUGCUGUUGUGGCUCCAGACGCUCGUUGUCAUUGCAAGCACAAGAAAAAUAAAGAAUUUAAAAAAAUAAAAAUAAAAAAUAAUAAAAGCAAGCGGUUUUACAAUAUGGAUUUAGUAUAAAAUUAAAAUAGUCUUGAGUUAAGAUUUUACUAUCAAGUCCCCUUCAAUACAAUAAAAUAUUCACUACAUUAAUUGUAAUGAUUAUAAUUUACAAUUUACCUCCACCUGUAAUCCAAACGGUUAGAUUUUCUUGAUCUUACCUUAUAUAAAAUACCUUAAAAACAAAAACUUUUUUCAAAAGUACGGAUUGCAAUACAGCAAUAGAAUAUUCUAGCUCACAUCAUCCUUCUUGGCUUUAAAACAUCCCCAAAGGUGCGACUAAUUCCAGGGGAUGGACCUGAGGCCUACCUGCGGCCUACUCAGGAAGCAUGGGGGAGACAGGGAUCCCUCAGCCGACUGCAGCCUGUAACAAAGGAGGUCUCUCCGGAACACUCUCUCCCCUGCCGGUGAGGGAUAUCCCGGCAACCAGAGCAUGUGGAUCGGGAUGGAGAAACCGAGCUCAGCCACCUUGCACCGCCGGACCCCUGACACACGGCAUGGCAGAGACCACGUGGCUCCCAGCAUCCAAGCCCAGCUUGCCUCCACUGUCGGAGCGGCUAGACCGCCUAUUCAGCGAUUUUUGGGCCAAACUCACCAGCCGCAGAGACACCCGGGCACAAGUCCCACCGGCAUCAGCCACAAAGGACAUUACACAGCAGCCUGCAGCUCCGGUGCGGAAACCGAGAAAGAUUGAGAUAGCAGGGAGUGAGAGGCGGAAGAAACGUCGAAAGCCCCAGUGCCCGAGACCACUGGUGAGUUGCCCAAAGCCUCAACGGAGACGAUCUCCAGGGCUGCCCCAUCACCACCCUUCUCACCCGCAAAAAGUCCGCUCUAAGAACUGGCCUAGCACACUCAGGCAGGUUCUGUCUCAGAACAGCAGCCCUGCGGGUCUAAAGGCACACACAGGACUCCCGCCUCCAAGUCACACCUCUAAGUCACCAGGAAACCUAGAGGCAGCACGGAGCCAACUCACUGCCCAACGAACGGGAGUGCUUGGUCCACUCGCUCCCCCGAGAGGCGGCAAAACAUAUGGCUGUGACAUACCCCUGGCAGAUGUUGGCUGACCGGGACAUUUGAAAUCACAGAUGAGUCAUUCACCCUAUGCCUCAUAAAGUCCCUACCUGCUACUAAGGACAUUUCUUGUUCCCCUGAGAAAUAUAGUGUUACUCCUAUGCUCAUAUGCUAUGCCCUACAACUCACACGCUAACCUACUGCAAUUAUCUUGUAUUCCUGUAUUCUUGCACAACCUCUACACACUCUCUAGGGCUAUGUAUAAUAACAAUGUUCAGCCUGCAUAACACUCCACAGCCUCAAUAGACUUAGCAUGCUCCUACAUUCCUGUAUUAACCCAUGAAACUGUGCAAAGUUAAUAUGACACACAACUGUUUCUCUAUGUCUAAGUCUUUAAUUUGCUAUCACUACUAAGCUUACGACAUUAUCUUGUUUAUAUAACUACUUUAAAAAAAAAAGUGCAAUGUUGUUAAUGCUAUGUGAUUAAGAAUGUUUGCAAACUCGACUGUACCAGCACAAAUUCGCCUGUUACCCUUAUGCACGAAUAAAAAUAAAGAAUUAAAAAAAAAAUAAAAAAAAUCCCCAAAGGACAAGUCACUCAUUUAAGACUAAACUGCUCAGACGUACCCCUUAAGGACACAUGACAUGUGUGACAUGUCAUGAUUCCCUUUUAUUCCAGAAAUUUGGUCCUUAAGGGGUUAAACAACAAUCUCAAGUUAUAAAAAAUAGGUAAAUAGAUAAGGGCUAUAACAAGGAACAUAUAGAGAAGGCAGAGGUAGACCUUAUUAAAACAGAACAACUUUUUUGAAACAUAAAGAUACCAAAUUGAGUGAUAGUAACCAUUUUGACUUUGCUUUUAUAACAGGCCAAAAAAAACCCGAAUGAGUUCUAAACAAACUGGCACAUUUUGCAGAAGGAUGAGUUCCUUAGAAAAUCUUACCCAAUAGACCUACAGUCAUAUACAAGAAAGCAGAUAACCUAUAUUGCCUGAUAAUAAAAAUAAGGGUACCUCAAAUCAAACUCCUGUUUUAACUAAAGAAAUAUUACAUGGUUUCUUUCCUUGCAAAAAAGUGGUUCAUUCAUUCAUAGGCACAUACACUAACCAAACAUAUGAUAUUAAGAAAUUUAUACAAUGCUCCACAACCCAUGUGGAGCACAAUAUAUUGGCCGUACAAAAUGAAAACUACACAACAGACUCUUUGAACAUUUUUAUAAUAUCAGAACACAUAGUGUAGCGGAUGGCACUGGGCUGUCCUGGGAAUUGUAUUAGCUUGGACUGCAUUCGUGUAAAUGGUAAAGUUAUAUGUGUUAAAUGUAUUGUGUUCGUCUGAUUGUUCGGUAGUUUCAUUCCCUUAGUUUGUUCGAAUGAACCUACCGAACAGUCAGACCUCCCCUGUGUGAAGUGUGCCUUCAAUUAACCGUUGCAACAUUGUUGCGAACGGGUAAUUGACAAACUGAUUAGCAGUCCUUUGUUCUCGGGGGUGGCCGCCAUUCGGGAAACGAACACAUGGCGGCGGCCAUUUUAAAACUCCCGAACAACGGUGUUUUGCCGUCGAGUGUCUGGGACUCAAAUCGGACACUCGACUAGGCGAACACCGCUGAGACCUCCAUAAGCCCGGUCCGUUCGGUUCCAAACUACCGAACGGCCUCUCAUUCGGUAGAUAGAAACAACCGAACGCGGGGAUUCAGGUGAACCCUCCCCAGUCUCUGUAACUAGAGGCUUUCGUGUGAUUCAUUCCCUUGUUCCAUCACAUGGAGCCCAAUUUGGCUAUUCCUUCCAGCGCGGUCGGUCAUUUUAUUCCCUCCAUGAAUUUCCCGAACCCCUGGUCUGAUCUGGGUGAUUUUUGGAUAUGUUGUUCACCUAGAUCAGGGCUACCAGGGGAUGUAUAAUUUAAAGUGGGGGAAUUGGUGUCCUGGAUAAGGGGAUUAUGAUGCAGGCUGAGGUGAGGGGAUGUGUGGAAGGUUACCGGAACAGGAUUGGAUACUGUAGUAAUUGGUGGAAAUCCCUCCCUUGCAUGGGAGCAUGCUUUAUAAGGCCACUGUGAAAUAAAGGUUUCAGUUCUGCUCCUGAUACUGUGUGUCGUCCAGUUAUUAGGAUUGCUGUUGGGAUACUGCUGGAUUAUCUUACCUGCUGGAAACCUUGCUUUAUGGAUUUAUAAUUACUUGUUCCUGAGCCUUACUGGGAUCUUAAGUGAAGAUAACCUGUGGAAUACUGGAUCUCCACUACAUUGAUUGGCAGCGGUGGGAUACAGACUCACAGAGGAACAAGCACCAAUGGAGUACGGAUGGAGAUUGAUUUUUCUACACUAAAACGCUCCACACUAAAGGACCUCCUAGAAGCAAGGGUAUUCAAGCCAGCAACAAAAAGAAAGCGGUACUUAUUACCGAACUCAUGGCAGAGUACCGAAUGGAUGGCGGUUCGGUUCCUGAACAGGGGGAUCCGGCGGAAAGACAAAUGGAGUUCCAGAGACAGUUACAAUUUAGGCUGUCUUUUUAUGGAGAACACCUUCCAGCGGAAAUUAUUUCCAGGACCAUGACAGAGGUCCAGGAAUUUAUACUAAGGCAACGGACAACAACCCCAGAACACAGCCCUGCAGUACACACGACACAGGAAGGUAAGCCUAAAAUACAGUAUCAGGCUUUUAAAACAUAUGUGGAGGCAGAGGAAGACAUAGACGCUUUCCUGCAAGAUUUUGAAAGACUGUGUACACUGCAUAGAAUCAGUACAGAGGACUGGGUACCUAUUUUGGCAGGACGUUUAACUGGGAGGGCAGCAGAGGCGUAUCGUACUGUACCAGACGAGGAAAUCAGGAAUUACAGGAGAGUGAAAGAGAUUAUACUGGCCCGGUAUGCUAUAACACCAGAGGCAUACCGGAGGAGAUUUCGGGAUUUAAAGAAAGCGGAGAAAGACUCACAUGCAGAGUGGGCAUGCAGGUUGCAACGGGCAGCUCUCGGGUGGGUACAAGCUAGCAAGGCACGGUCCAUGGAGGACGUGAUACAAAUGCUACUAAUAGAACAAUUUUAUGAUGGGGUGACCGCAGAUGUUCAGGAGUGGGUAAGGGACCGGAACCCUACAUCCCUCACAGAAGCUGCAAGGAAGGCAUGUGAUUAUCUGGACACACGCAGGCAACAAAAACCCGCAGUUCCAAAAGUAGCGUUAAAAACCUUUGGGGGAACCAACUACACCCCACCACCACCGAGACAACUACCACCGUCACCACCACCCGCUGCACAGCCACGAUUUCGCCAGCCAAGCUCUGGGCCCUGUCAUCACUGCCAGAAAUGGGGGCAUUAUAAAAGGGAAUGCCCACAACUGCAGGAUCGUUCCACCUGGAUCCGACCAGGCCCGCCACCACCACCAAGAGCAGCCGCAGCACACUACUACCAGGACAUAAUUGUAACACCAUAUGGUUCAGCAGUGCCCAUUACCACCGUUGAACAGUGGGAAGUAUUGCACAAAGCUGAUCCAGUACAGGCCAAUGCUGAUAAUCGUCAGCACCAUAGACUGGAGGGUAAAGCGGUCCAAGGACUACGUGACUCAGGAGCUACUAUCACCCUGGUAAAAAGUCACCUGGUCUCGGAUCAGGCUAAGCUCAGUAAAACUGUAGCCAUCAGGGUAGCCGGGGGAACAGUGUACCGGCUACCUACAGCAAGGGUACAUUUGCAUUGGGGAGCGGGGUCAGGACACGUGGAGGUGGGGUUGAUGCCGCAGUUACCAGCAGAGGUUUUGUUGGGGAACGAUCUGGGGAGGCUCAUGUCUGCUUUUGAGCCCCAGACACCAACCACAGGAGAAGCUCACCCUGUGGUCACCCGACAACAGGCCCGCACCCAGGACUACAACACACUCCUGGAGGUUCAGGUAAGAGAUACUUCCCCUUCCUUAGAAUGUGUCCCCUGGGCCCCACCUAAUGAAUUCGCAGCUGAAGUCAUAACUGAUCCUACGCUGCAAGUAUAUACGGACAAGGUUGUCACUGACUCACCCGGGGGGGAGGGAGAGAGAUUUGUCUGGGACAAGCAUCUUCUAUACAGGGAGUCGUACAAGCAGAUAGCUGGGUCAGACACGAUAGUGAUGAGGCAGCUAGUGGUGCCGAAGCGGUACCGAGCAGAGUUACUCUGGAUAGUGCAUGAUAUUCCGCUAUCCAGGCAUUUAGGGGUCAGUCGCACUAGGUACAGACUGACCCAAAGUUUCUUCUGGCCAGUGAUCAGCCAGGAAGUGCGCAAGUAUUGCAGUAUGUGCAAUACUUGCCAGAGGGUAGGAAAAAGGGGAGACCGAAGGAAGGCAAAACUACACCCCCUACCCAUAAUUGAGGAACCCUUUAGUAGAGUAGCUGUAGAUUUGAUAGGCCCUCUCAAGAAAGCUAGCCCAUCAGGCAAAAGGUACAUUUUAACUGUGGUAGAUUAUGCCACUAGAUAUCCAGAGGCAGGGGCUCUGACCAAUAUACACGCUGAAACGGUCGCGGAUGCCCUCAUGCGGAUCUUCUCCCGGAUCGGGUUACCCAGGGAGAUUAUCUUGGAUCAGGGUACCCAAUUUACAGCAGAAGUCACCCAACACCUCUGGAGGAUCUGUGGCAUUAAGCCUAUUAUCAGUGCCCCUUACCACCCCCAGACCAAUGGGCUCUGCGAACGGUUCAGUGGUACAUUGAUACAAAUGCUCCGAACCUUCGCAGAGACCCACAAGGACUGGGAGCGAUUCCUGCCGCACCUCCUAUUUGCUUACCGGGAGGUGCCCCAGGAUUCCACAGGGUUUUCCCCGUUUGAACUGCUAUUUGGGAGGAGAGUCAGAGGCCCCCUAGAUCUGAUUAGAGAGCAUUGGGAGGGAGAUCGGAGCGCAGAUGGCACUCCCAUCAUACCAUAUGUGUUGGCCUUCCGAGACUGCCUGGAAGCAUUGACUAGGAUGGUAAGGGAAAACCUUCAGGCAGUGCAGACCCGCCAGCGCACAUGGUAUGAUCGAGGAGCCAGGGACCGUAGCUUUCAGGUCGGGCAGAAAGUGUUGAUUUUAAAACCUGUCCGACAUGACAAGUUACAGGCCGCCUGGCAGGGACCUUAUAGGGUGGUGGAACAGAGAUGCGACACCACCUAUAUAAUCGGCCCCUGCACAGGUACUGGAGGGCGACGCAUGCUCCAUGUGAACAUGAUGAAGCCCUACCAGGAGCGCUCCGAGGAGGUAACCGCCAUAUGUGCGCCCAACUCUGACGAGUUUGACAGCUUACCACUCCCAAAUCUACUGGAAGAUGGGCAGUUGUCUGGGGAUUUAGGGGAGGUUGCACUGGGAGACCGACUGAGCCCACAGGAGCGUAUCGAGGUACAACAGCUAUUGGAAGAGAAACGAGACACGUUCUCUAAUGUACCUGGAUACACCGCUUCUGCGUGGACUACAGGAGAUUGAACGAGAAAACCGUGUCUGAUGCCUAUCCCAUGCCCCGGAUAGAUGAACUACUAGACAGGAUGGCCAGGGACCAAUACCUCACUACUAUUGGCAAAUUCCCCUGGCCCCAGAUGCCAUCCCUAAGUCGGCCUUUGUCACCCCAUUUGGCUUGUACCAGUUUAAGGUCAUGCCAUUUGGGAUGAAAAACGCCCCAGCUACUUUCCAGAGGAUGGUGGACCGACUCCUAGAUGGGUUCCAGGACUAUACCUGUGCCUACCUGGACGAUAUUGCCAUUUUUAGCAAUACGUGGCAGGAGCACUUGGCCCAUAUAGGAGCGGUCCUAGACAGGAUUAGGGAGGCUGGUUUGACAUUGAAACUGGCCAAGUGCAGUAUAGGGAUGGCCGAGGUGCAAUACCUGGGACAUCGAGUGGGGUGCUGCAAGCAAAAGCCCGAACCAGCCAAAGUGGCCCACCCCUAGGACUAAGACCCAAGUUUUAGCAUUUCUAGGGACAGCCGGGUAUUACAGAAAGUUUGUCCCCAAUUAUAGUGCCCUGGCCAAACCCCUCACCGACCUGACCCGGAAGAAUCUUCCCCGCCAGGUGACCUGGACCCCGGAGGGUGAAAAGGCAUUCCAACAGCUGAAAAAUGCGCUGAUAAAUGCCCCUGUCUUGGCAGCUCCCAAUCCAACUAAACGUUUUCUUGUUCACACAGACGCUUCUAUGUUUAGAUUGGGGGCAGUACUGAGCCAAGUCGGGGCCGAUGGCGGAGAACAUCCCGUGGCUUACAUCAGUCGCAAGUUACUACCCCGCAAAGUAAGCUACGCCGCCAUCGAGAAGGAAUGCCUGGCUGUGGUGUGGGCCCUAAAGAAACUGCAGCCGUAUUUGUAUGGAUAGCCUUUUUCCUUGCUCACGGAUCACAACUCGUUGGUCUGGCUAAACCGGGUGGCUGGGGACAAUGCCAGGCUGCUGCGCUGGAGUUUGGCACUGCAACCUUUUGACUUUAACAUCCAGUACCACCCGGGCAAACAGAAUGGGAACACUGAUGGGUUGUCGAGACAAACAGACCUGGAGAAAUGAUCCGUGAGCCUCCCCGGACAUCCCCAAGCCGAUCCAUGUGGGAUCAGACUGUGUAUGGCGGCUUGUGGGCAAGGGGGAGCAUUGUAGCGGAUGGCACUGGGCUGUCCUGGGAAUUGUAUUAGCUUUGACUGCAUUCGUGUAAAUGGUAAAGUUAUAUGUGUUAAAUGUAUUGUGUUCGUCUGAUUGUUCGGUAGUUUCAUUCCCUUAGUUUGUUCGAAUGAACCUACCGAACAGUCAGACCUCCCCUGUGUGAAGUGUGCCUUCAAUUAACCGUUGCAACAUUGUUGCGAACGGGUAAUUGACAAGCUGAGUAGCAGUCCUUUGUUUUCGGGGGUGGCCGCCAUUCGGGAAACAAACACGUGGCGGCGGCCAUUUUAAAACUCCCGAACAGCGGUGUUUUGCCGUCGAGUGUCUGGGACUCAAAUCGGAUUCCAAACUACCGAACGGCCCCUCGUUCGGUAGAUAGAAACAACCGAACGAGGGGAUUCAGGCGAACCCUCCCCAGUCUCUGUAACUAGAGGCUUUCGUGUGAUUCAUUCCCUUGUUCCAGUCGGUCAUUUUAUUCCCUCCAUGAAUUUCCCGAACCCCUGGUCUGAUCUGGGUGAUUUUUGGAUAUGUUGUUCACCUAGAUCAGGGCUACCAGGGGAUGUAUAAUUUAAAGUGGGGGAAUUGGUGUCCUGGAUAAGGGGAUUAUGAUGCAGGUUGAGGGGAGGGGAUGUGUGGGAGGUUACCGGAACAGGAUUGGAUACUGUAGUAAUUGGUGGAAAUCCCUCCCUUACAUUGGAGCAUGCUUUAUAAGGCCACUGUGAAAUAAAGGUUUCAGUUCUGCUCCUGAUACUGUGUGUCGUCCAGUUAUUGGGAUUGCUGUUGGGAUACUGCUGGAUUAUUUUACCUGCUGGAAACCUUGCUUUAUGGAUUUAUAAUUACUUGUUCCUGAGCUUUACUGGGAUCUUAAGCGGAGAUAACCUGUGGAAUACUGGAUCUCCGCUACACAUAGAUUGGAUCACAGUGUACCUAAACACUGUGUUAAUUGCCCACUUUUCAAAUGGGAUACUUUUUUUUAGCAAUUGGGAUAGACAAGGCAGAGAAACAUUGGAGGGGAGGAAACAUAGAAUUAUCACUAAAUAUGAAAGAGGGACAAUGGAUCUAUAAUUUAAAGACCUUAAAAUCAGGAUUAAAUGAGGAGCUAGAUCUCAUUGGUCUUAUCUAACUUUUUCUUUAUUCUCCAUGAUCUAAUUUUUCAUUAUUAUUAUUCUUUCUUAGUUUUUUCUUUUUUACUAUUUUUAUUCAAUGUUUUUUAUUCAAUGUAUCCUAAUCAUUUAUUUUCUAGUUUUUUUUUUCCAGAUUUUUACUUUGGAUAUAUUAAAUUACUCAAAGGAGUUUUUAAUGUAUAUUGUGUUUAUUUGCCUAUUAUCUCUGCUCAUCUAUUGUAUCUUGGAAUACAAGUGUAUUUGGUUUUUGUACAAGACUCUGCAUCAUGGCUCUAUACAGAUGUGUGUGUGUGUGUGUGUGUGUGUGUGUGUGUGUGUAUAUAUAUAUAUAUAUAUAUAUAUAUGUAUCUAAUUUUUUUAUUUUUUGAUCAUUCACUCUUUAUUUUUAUUAUUUAUAUAUGAAUUUAUAUUUUUAUAUUUAUUUUCAUUUUUAUUUUUGAGAUUUUUUUAUUUUUUAUUUUCAUUAUUAGUAGUAUUUUUAUUUAUUAUAUAUAUUUUUAUUUACCUUUUUUAUUAAGUAAUUUUUGGCUUUAUUUGAUAUGUAUUUUUUAGAUAUAUCAUAUAAACUUUUUUUAAACCACACAUUUUGGUUAUAUUUGUUGUUGUCUUUUGAUUCAUACUGUGAUUUGCCAUGAUGCACACCCUUCUCUAUAUCCCAAAUUGUGUGUGUACAUACCAAACAGAGUUUGAUGUUUGAAUUUGGUUACUGUCUGCUGCCUGUCGCAAACCAGCACCCGGAACACUUUUAUGUGUUCCAAGGUGGAUCGCACGCCUUGACUGAAGAUGUCAUAGUCGCAAACCCGAAGUAAAGAUCAGCGAUGAAGCAAACGCCGGUCCAGCUGCCGAGCAUUAAUCUUCAAGGCCACCAAUAUAUAAGAAGACUCUCCUGGAGCAUCUACCUCAAUCCCUGAGGAAGUCCCAACGGACGAAACGCGUAGGACUUGUGUAUACUUUCUUUAAUUCAUAUUUUAUUUGUACAUUUUACUAUAUUUAUGUACCGUAUAUACUCGAGUAUAAGUCGAGUUUUUCAGCAAUUUUUUUGUGCUGAAAAACCCCCACUCGACUUAUACUCGAGUCAUUGUCUAUAUUAUGGCAACUUACAUUGCCAUAAUACAAACCUGGACCGCCGGGCUCAUUACAAGCCCAGCGGUCCUGUUGGGGGCUGGCAGUGAGCUUUUACUUACCUUUCCUGCAGCUCCUGUCAGCUCCCCUGUCAGCUCCACUGUAAAUCUCGUGAGAGCCACGGGAUCAGAGCGUUGCCACGGGUUACCAGUCAGACCGUGAGACUUACAGUGGAGCUGACAGGCGAGCUGACCGGAAUGCAGGAGAAGGGAGCUGACAGGAGCUGCAGGAAAGGUAAGUUACAGCUCGCUGCCAGGCCCUCUCCUACACAGUACACACCACUGGACCACCAGGGAAUGAGAGCCCCCCUCCUUGGCCAUGUAUUAAGCAGGGAGGGGGGACGAAAAAAAUAUAAAUAAAAAGUUAAAUAAUAUUAAAAUUAAAAAAAAAUAAUAAUAUAAAUAAAAAAUAAUAAUUAAAAAAUAAUAAAAAAUGCCCACCCCCCACCAAGGCUCUGCAUCACAUACACACACUGCAUUCAUACACACAUACACACACACACUGCAUUCAUACACACACUGCAUUCAUACACACACACUGCAUUCAUAUUCAUACACACACUGCAUUCAUUAUAUACACACAUUGUAAAUAAAUAUUCAAUUAAUAUAAUUUGGGGGGGAUCUAAUUAUAUUUAGAAAUUUACCAGUAGGUGCUGCAUUUCCCACCCUAGUCUUAUAUUUGAGUCAACAUGUUUUCCCAUUUUUUUGGGGUAAAAUUAGGGGUCUCGACUUAUAUUCGGGUCGACUUAUACUCUAGUAUAUACGGUAUCUAUUUUUGUAUUUAAUGUAUCUAUAUUUGCCACCCUGCAUGUGAAAACCCUGCUAUCUUUUUAAGUCCGGACACCACGCUGGUUGUGGAGGUAUGCCUUAUUUUAUCUGAUAUCCUGUAAGUGCAAUGUUGUGCAAUAAAAAUUUUAUAUUUUAAUACCAUCUGCACUAUAUAUUUUUUCUUCUCACUGCUACUCUGAGCUACUCUCUGCAACCCUGAAUAUCUUCAAGAAGACCGUGCUUGAAGAUAUUCCAUCUUUUUCCCUGACCCUAUUUAUGGGAGAAAUGCCUGAAUUUACAUCGAUCUAGUGAGUUUUCUACCACCCUCACCCUGAUAUUUAACCCUUACUACACCAUAUGUAUUUUUAUUUACUUUACAGAAUACGUUGUAUUGUUUUUUUCAGGUUGUAUAAUAUUUUUAUUAUUCACCCAUUUGGUGUUUGGUUAUUUGCGGCCUGUAUCUAUUCAGUCCACUUAGGACCCUUUUUGGUUUCCUUUUUUCGUCUUAACUAUUUCAAGUGUUUUGAGAGGGAACACUUUUUCUUUAAAGGGAUUAUUUGUAUUUUGGGAGCAUAUAGUGAACCAUUCUUGUGUAUAUAGCAAUAUGUAUCUAGAGAAUUGCAAGCUAUGAAACACCUGGUCUGUGCAGUCAUAACCCUAUAGGGUUAAUUCCUAUGUCCAUAUAAGAAAAAUCAAAUAGUGGUCUCAAUAUUGUUCCUGAUUAGGUAAAAAGAGCUUUAUUGGUACGGUUCCAAUUAAAUAUAUAAAACAGGAGUAUUAGAGUUAAUAUCUGAGUAUAUUAUUUAGAUGAGUUUGAGUAAUCCUAAAGUACAGCUUCCAGUCAAAUGUCAAAACAGACAGGAGUUAUUUAGCAAGUUGUCAAAGUACUCCUUCUGAAUACUAGUGGCUUAUCAGGUUGUAUAGAUAUAUACAACCCAGCAGGGCGUUUGAAGCUCUAGGUGUUAACUUUUUUACUGGGCACCUUAUUUUUUGUCUCACUUUUGAUUUAACAUGUUGUUCUAAUUACUUACUUUCACUUUUUUCCUCCCUUUUGUUUCUAUGUCUAUCUAGCAAGAUUACCAGGGAGAGAGGCUUUGCUACACUAUUAAUUCAUGCCAGUAUUUUACUGACAUUAGAACUUUCUUGCUAUCCCUUCCUCUCCAUUACUUGCUUUCUGUGAUUAUCUGAGCACAAUUUUUGGCUAUAGACAGCCUUGUUCCAUUGGACACCUUGUUAGACCUGUUUUUAUAAUUACCAUAACCUGUUGAUAUAUACAUCCAGUGGCGUACAUACCAGGGUCGCAGGGGUCGCGGCUGCGACCGGGCCCGGCCCACCAGGGGGCCCGGCCGCCCCCGCGACCCGGUAUGUAGCCACAGGGCCAGCCUCUUCCCCUGGGGGGCCAGGAGGCGGCCACCCCAGGGCCCCCCCGAGGCUGGCCCUGCUGACCCCAGCUGGCAGUUGCCGGUCGGGCAGGCAGGCGGACGCGCGAGGGAGCACUCAGUGCUUCCUCUUCAGCUCCCUCGCGCGCAGCGUAGGGAUGCCGGAGCCGGAAGAUGACGUCAUCUUCCGGCUCCGGUAUCAGUGCGGUGCGCGAGGGAGCUGAAGAGGAAGCACUGAGUGCUCCCACGCGCGCCCGCCUGCCUGCCCGACCGGCCACCCGCCCAGGAGUCCAGCAGCAGCAUCACUGGACCCCAGGGAAUCCCCCCAGCACUCCACAAGGUAAGGAGGCUGGGCGGAUUACAUUUGAAAAAAAAAAACAACUAGUGUUAGUGUUUGACUGUGUGUUACAGUGAGUGUUAGAGUGAGUGUUAGUGUGUGUCUGCUAGUGAGUGUUAGUGUGAGUGUUAGUGUGUGUGUGUUAGUGUGUGUCUGCUAGUGAGUGUGAGUGUUACAGUGAGUUAGUGUGUGUCUGCUAGUGAGUGUGAGUGUUAGUGAGUGUUAGUGUGUGUCUGCUAGUGAGUGUUAGUGUGCGUGUUAGUGUGUGUGUUAGUGUGUGUCUGCUAGUGAGUGUUAGUGUGUGAGAGUGUUAGUGUGUGUCUGCUAGUGAGUGUUAGUGUGAGUGUUAGUGUGUGUGUGUUAGUGUGUGUCUGCUAGUGAGUGUUAGUGUGUGUGUCUGCUAGUGAGUGUCAGUGAGUGUGUUACUGUGUGUGUCUUACUGAGUGUGUGUGUGUGUUAGUGAGUCUGUUUGAUGUCUGUUAGUGAGUGUGUUUGUCAAUGAGAGUGUAUGUUUUGUAAGUGAGUGUGUAUGUAUGUCUGUCGCUGACUGUCUCUGUCAGUAAAUGUGUGUGUCUGUUAGCUAGUGUGUAUGCGUCUGUAAGUGUGUGUGUGUGUCUUCAGCACUUACCUUUCUCCAGCGCCGGACUCCCUUGGCGCUGAGGAUCCCUCAGCCUCUCAGCUCCGAAUGCGACCGCGCACGCAUUCAAACCGCCCAUAGGAAAGCAUUACUCAAUGCUUUCCUAUGGACGUUCAGUGUGCUCCUCUAGCGGCUGUCAGUGAGACAGCCACUAGAGGCUGGAUUAACCCUCAGUGAUUAACCCUCAGCUGCAGGGUUAAAACUAGAGGGACCUGACACCCAGACAACUUAAUUGAGCUGAUGUGAUCUGGGUGUCUGUAGUGGUCCUUUAAAGGACCACUGUAGUGCCAGGAAAACAUACUCGUGCCUAGAGUGGUCCUUUAAGUGUGUGUGCAUCUACAUGCAGGGGUCGCAGCCCUGUAACCCCUGCGACCAGGUGCCCACCGCCAUGUGUUGCGGCCCGGCCCGCGCGCGGGUGGGGGGCCCACGGAUCAAUUUUCGCACCGGGUCCCAUGGGUCAUGUGUACGCCACUGUAUACAUCCCAUUGUAAGGCACUACGGAAUCUGUUGGCGCUAUAUAAAUAAUAAAAUAAUAAUAAUGUCUCUACCAUAAGCCGUCUCCAAAGGUGUUUAACCCUUUAAGGACCAAACUUCUGGACUAAAAGGGAAUCAUGACAUGUCACACAUGUCAUGUGUCUUUAAGGGCUUAAGAGAAUUUGGCAGUACAUCCAACUGGCCUUACAACCGCAGACCAUGUGUAACCACACCAGCCCAUGACCUUCACACCCAGCAUCUUCACUGAAUCCUCGUCUCUACUUUUUAAAUUUCACGCAUGCUAGCAAAGUCUGGCUCUACUCUUCAUUGUGAAUUAUAAGUAAAAUCAGUCUUACAGGAAAUGGUUGUACAUGCCAUAUGCAUGUUUAGGUUGUCUCUGUAGUAUACUAAUGCCCUAAAUGCAAGGAUGUGUAACUAAUAGACCCUCUUUCAUGACAGUGGUCUGUAAAAAGAAUCUGGAUAGUACAACUGUGGCCAUUCAUGCUGAUGAGAUUUACUGCAAGUCCUGCUAUGCUAAAAAGUAUGGACCCAAAGGCUAUGGUUUUGGACAGGGAGCUGGCACCCUAAGCAUGGACAAGGGGGAAAAUUUGGGCAUUCGACAUGAUGACGAGUAAGUGGCAGCUAGCUCCUAAUAAAAAAAGUUAAAUCUGUCUAAUCUGUCUAAUCUGUCUUCUGUCUUUUCUUCACCUUAUACCUUUCACAUCUUUGUUAACACCAUUUUGAAAAGCUGUUAUUUUUUUUUUCUCCCAGACCUAGGCUGCAUCAGGCAACAAAUAACCCAAAUUUCUCUAAGUUUGCUCAGAAAGUAGGAGGAGCAGAUGUGUGUCCUCGUUGUUCAAAGUCUGUUUAUGCUGCAGAAAAAGUCAUCGGUGGUGGCAAUGUAAGUAGAAUUCUUUUUUUUUUUUUUUUAAAUCAAGGAAUGAACUGGGUUCUUGCCUUACAAUUCAAAUACAUUAUAAGGCAAGAGUAGCCAAAUUGGCAGCAUAGAUUUUAGUAAAUCCCCUAUUCCAGUUUGGUUAUUCUAACCUUAAAGGAUCACUAUAUGGUCAGGAACACAAACAUGUAUUCCUGACCCUAUAGUGUUAACACCACCAUCUAGCCCCCCUGUGCCCCUCAUAUAAAUAUAAUAAAAAUAUUACUGUAUUCAAGCCUGAAGCUGUAAAUCUGCAUGCUGUUAGACUCAGAAAAACAAGCAGUCUGUGGUAGCCUGAUCCAAUCACAGUGCUUCCCCACAGGAUUGGCUGAGACUGACAAAGAGGCAGAUCAGGGGCAGAGCCAGCAUGAUUCAAACACAGCCCUGGCCAAUCAGCAUCUCCUCUUAGAGAAUAAUUGAAUCAAUGAAUCUGUAUGAGGAAAGUUCAGUGUCUGUAUGCAGAGGGAGGAGAUACUGAAUAACAGGAUGCUGUGCACAGUGCUGCCCCUGUGCUCUGCUGACAGCAGAUCUGAGUCGAUGGAGGCAUAUUAUGCCUCCAUCAACUCCAAAGUCCCUCUGGUUCACUCUGAGUGACUGCAACUGGAGGUGUUCCUAGCUUUCAAUGUAAACACUGUAUUUCCUCUGAAAAUACAGUGUUUACGUGAGAGAGGCUCCAGGGAGCUAUAGUUCUCACCUGAACAACCUCAUUAAGCUGAAGUUGUUCAGGUGACUAUAGUGUCCCUUUAAAUUUGAAAUCUACUUUUGUAUUUCUGACACUUCUUACAUUCAUAAACACUGGAGGUUAUAGGAAUUGGUCAAACAGGGCAGAGUAAUGAUGGCAUGGUAUCUCUUCAACUAUUCUUUGUUUUAGUCCUGGCAUAAGGCUUGCUUUCGCUGUGCCAAAUGUGGAAAAGGUUUGGAGUCUACAACAUUAGCGGAUAAAGAUGGAGAAAUAUUUUGUAAAGGUAAGUGUUUGCCAUAUUCUCUACCCUGUCUUUAUUUAGUCAGUACAAAAUACCACAUUUUUGCCUUUUUUUGCAUUUUAUACAAGGAUUUGUUGGAGUUUAUAUUUUCUGUAUACAAGAGCUUUAAAACACAACUCAGAAAGAGGUGCAAAGUCAGAUAACCAGUCAUAGACAGCCAUCUUGUUGUUAAUGCAAAAUGAGGUUGGAUACUGGCUUGCCAUUGAGGCUUGGUGUUACUAAAAGGUUUUCAAUCAAUUUUGUCCCCACCCAAACUCUAUUGGUUUGUGCUCUGCAAGUAACGCCAAGCCUCAAUAGCAAGCCAAUAGCCAACCUCAUGCUGAGGAGUUGCAUUUCCAACAAAACAGCUGUCUAUGAGAGGUUAUCUGACUUUGCACCUCUUCCUGAGUGGUUUAAGACUGUUGCAUACAGCAGACAAACUUUAAGGAAACAUGUAUACAGUGGAAUGAAGAGGUAAAAAGAUGAUUCUUUGUUAAACUAAUUUGCAAAUGCCCAACCAGAAUCCUUUGCGAUUGUCUGGUGGUUUGACUGCUGUGUGCAGAUCUGUGUAUUGACUAUUCACUGACAUGAGGAAGGGGUUUUCAAUCAUUUUUACCCCACCAUAAUGCUAUUGGUUUGUGCUCCAUAUUUAUUUAGAUAGACUUCAAAAUAAACAUACAGCAUUGUUUACAACUUAUGUAGCCUGCUCAAAAUCCUAGUUUUGCAUCUUCUACAGCCCACUAGUCUAGUACCUGUGCUUUUCUUCCGCUAUUAUAUUUUUUAAAAUGACCUCUGGUGUAGACCUUUCCCUUACAGAUGUACUAUUUUUUUUUUUUACAGUUCAGGUCUUUCAAAUUUAAGUUCAGAGUAACAGAAUGGAAAGCAUAACAGACUUAGAGAAUUCUUCCAAAAUGGCUAUAUUUGAACUUCAAUUUUAAAUCCACUUUGAAUUCAUUUCAAAUUCUCACUUUGUAGGUCAGAUGUAGGAGAGAUGUGAUUAGGGCUUCACAAACAAAGUGAUUUAAUUGCUAAAUGGCAAAUAAUUGAGAAGUGAGGCUGUAGGGGCAUUAUAUCUACACCAAAAGUACAUUAAGUUAAACUUGUUUCAGAGCUUAUAGUAUUGCUAUAAGGCCAAACUUUUCAGUCCAGUGGUGGGAACGCUGAGUGUAAGCUCUCCCUACUCAGCUCCCCGCAGUGAUGCCGGGAGCUAGAAUAUGAGUCACUGCGGCUCCCGGCAUCAGUCUGCGGCUCGCGAGGGAGCUGUGCAGGGAGAGCUCAAAAUUAAUGCUGUCUGUCUACCACCUGCCUGCCUGAAUGUACACCUGCCCAGCAGCCCCACUAGACACCAGGUAAGAAAUCCACCAGCUAUCCCAAAGUGAGGGAGGCUGGGUGGAUUUAAAUAAAAAAAAAACAAAAAAAAAAACAAGUGGGUGUGUAUGGCUGUCUGUGUGUGGGUGUGUAUGGCUGUCUGUGUGUGGGUGUGUAUGGCUGUCUGUGUGUGGGUGUGUAUGGCUGUCUGUGUGUGGCUGUGUGUAUGGAUGGCUGUCUGUGUGUGUAUUGCUGUCUGUGUGUUCAUGGAUAUUUGUGUGUGUGUGUAUGGCUGUCGCUGUAUGUGUGUAUGGCUGUGUGUGUGUGGCUGUAUAAGGGUGUGUAUAUAUGGUGUAUGGCUGUCUGUGUGUGCGCCUCUCUGUCAGUGUGUGUGUGUGUGUAUAUGUCAGUGUGUGUCUGUAAGGGAACCUGUCUAACUGAGUGAUUGUGUGUGUCUGUGAGUAAGUGUGUGUGUCUGUGAGGGAGCCUGUUUGUCAGUAAGUGUGUGUCUGUCAGUGAAUGUGUGUGUCUGUGUGUGCUGGAGUGAUUCUGUGUGUAUGUCAGUGAGUGUGAGUGAGGGCAGGGGUUUAGUAGAUGGGGGGACUGGGAUUUAAUAGACAGAUGGGGACUGGGAUUUAGUAGACAGGUGGGGACUGAGGUUUAGUAGAGGGGGUCGCUGUUUUUUAUUUUUAAUACUGUACUUUUCAAAAUAAACCUACUUUUCUAUGAAAAUUUAAAUUUUUUGUUUUUUUUGUGGCCCACAUAAACUUAAACGUUGUUUAUUUGGCCCUUGCUAGCCUUUGAGUUUCACAUGUUUGCUCUACACUAUGUAAAACUGUCUCAUAAUUCUGUUCUUUUCUAUCAUUUUCAGGAUGCUACGCUAAGAACUUUGGACCAAAAGGCUUUGGAUUUGGUCAGGGGGCUGGGGCUCUAGCCCACACAUAA